AUGAGUUCUCUGUGCUUCUCGAAAAAGUUCUGCCUUGUGGAAGAAGAAUUACUUCAUGGGGCACAUCCGGGGCUGAGGUUUGUUACCCAGGUGACAGAAUUCACUGUUCUCCAUUGUAUGAGGCCGUUAAAUCAAAGGAAAAUGAAGGUAACUUACUUGGAUGGGGGUGGGGAGGAAAUCAACUCUGAACUCAGAACCUGACAGGAAGUGGCACAUGGCUUGCAGCUACAAUAGUAGGCACAAAAGUAUGGUGGCACGCAGUUCACACAGCUGCUUAUCGUGUAUUAAGGACCAAAUAAUGUAUGUUAUGGAAGAGUUAAUGCAUUUUCUGUUCACUGUCCGCACUUCCAUGAUUAUAUACUACUGCAUUAUGUUUUGGGAACUGGUUAACUGAAUCCAUUCUAUGUUUCCUUCUGCAAGAAUGAGAAGUGGUAACUAAUGUAGUAUUAUUAGGGACUUGUAUUCCAUACCUCAGUUUUCCAAGAGUACACUAAUACACACUAUGUUUUAAAUUUAUUUUUUUUAAAAAAAUGUCUGCUGGACAAUUUAUUUCGUCUGCGUCAGACCAACACAACUACCUACCUGAAUCUAUAUUUUUUUUGUUUUUGUUUCAGUCAAUCGCUUCAGCUGACAUGGAUUUAAAUCAGCUAGAGGCUUUUUUGACUGCACAGACGAAGAAACCAGGAGGCAUCACAACUGAGCAAGCUGCAGUUAUUGCCAAAUUUUGGAAAAGCCACCGAGUGAAAAUUCGAGACAGCCUUAUAAACCAAAGCAAGUGGGAAAAUAGCUUGAAAAACAUCAGCUGGAGAGUGGAUUUAAAGUCUCAGUCAAGACACGCUGACCAGUUAAACAACCCUGUGGCAAUAGUUGAAAUGGAACUGGGGAAGCAAGGACAGGUGAGCAAUUUUUAUCUUGCUUUAUCAGUGUGAAAAUGUUUCUUAAACAUGGGGUUCAGCUUCCAACAAUGUCAGACAACUGAGAAACCAUACAGACACAGAUCACUCUGCCAAGUUGUGGGUAUCUAUUGAUACAAUCUUAGAGUUUAUUGUUUACUCAGGGGUAGAGAACUGGUUCUCACCAACAGAACUGAUCUUUAUCUUCCCCCAUCCUUUGUGGAACAAGACUGGCAGGUUUGUCAGUCACGUGACAUCACAGUGAUAUCAGGUGAAGCAUUUUAGUUAGCACAGUUUGGAAUCUAGUCAAAGGCACGAUGCUUUGCCAAGCCCCAAGAAGCAUCUGGUUAUCAGGACUUGCAAAGUGCUUUGCAUGGGCUUUCAAAGUCCCAACAAUCAGCUGAUUGUUGAUAGGCUUUCCAGGCACUACCAAUCAGCUGAUCACUGGUGUCUGCAGUCCUAAACAAAUGUACAUUAGAUGUGAAUAUGGUUGAAAAGUGUUUUACUUAUUUUCAGGUAAAUAUAUGUAAAGGUAAAGGUACCCCUGACCAUUAGGUCCAGUUGCGGAUGACUUUGGGGUUGCACGCUCAUCUCACUCUAUAGACCGAGGGAGCCGGUGUUUGUCCGCAGACAGCUUCUGGGUCAUGUGGCCAGCAGGGCUAAGCUGCUUCUGGUGAACCAGAGCAGCGCACAGAAAUGCCAUUUACCUUCCCGCCAGAGCAAUACCUAUUUAUCUACUUGCACUUUUGACUUGCAUUUGAACUGCUAGGUUGGCAGGAGCUGGCACCAAGCAACGGGAGCUCACCCCAUCGUGGGGAUUUGAACUGCCGACCUUCUGAUUGGCAAGUCCUAGGCUCUGUGGUUUAACCCACAGCGCCACCCGCGUCCCCGAGCCUGCUUCUACACAAAUCCUGUUCUGCAAUAAUUACACAUGUGUGAGCCUGCUUCUACGCAUGUAGAAUUAUUGCAGAACAGGAGCUGACUCCCAGUUACCUUCCGUGUAAGAAAAACACCAUGUGUGAAGAAGAGAGUCUUUGGUUGAGAGCCUUGGUGUUGUUGUGAUGAGAGCUUUACAAUUGCGCAUGCAAAAAGCUAUUUUGAGAUAUCUACUUGGCUCUGAAGCUCACUGGGCAAGUCACUCUUUCACAACUUAGUUAGCUGACAGAGCUGUUGUGAAGUUCAAAUGCUAUUCUCAGUUCACUGGAGGAACAGUUAGGUAUAUAUAAGGAUUUAGCCAGAUUUUGGGGUGGGGGAUCUGUUCUCAGCUUUUUGGUUCUUCUUGGCACCUACUAAUGUUAAAUAUAAGCAUGUCGUGCAGCAGUACUAUCGCUAACUCUCUGCUCAAGAUAAAAGUAUUUACUUUAAUAUAUGCUUCUGAAAGCAUUACAUCUCUUAAAUGCAUUACCUUCCUAAAGUCACUUUCUCAUUUUAGUUUUACACUCAUCCCAAAUAACUAAAAUCAGAUCCUUCAUCUGAUAUUCCUUGAUCUGGUCAAAGCUAAUGAUAACGUCAUCCUGUGAAUUUUUCUCAAGACCUUUAUCUCAGAUAGUUUAUUGUACAAAUAGUUUAAGUGACCUGAAUAAUUCUCUCUCCCCUCCCUGUUUCAGAAUGUGCUGGCAUUUGUUAUCAUUACCAUAUGCCAGCCAUUUUAAGAUUGUGUUCUUAGGAAACUUGGCAUUCCACAGAAACUGACCAGAGAUUCCUUGAAAAGAUGCUUAGCCUUGGUGGACAAGCAACCAAGUACACAGAUUGUGAGAAACGGUGGAACUUUUUGUGAAAGGCACUAUCUCAAGGGAAUGUUGAGUGCAUUUUGAAAUGCAUACUUAAUGGAGAAGCAGUUAGGCCUGGAUGGCACCCUUCAUGACCUGAGAAUGCCCUCAGAAUCUAUUUCAGAAUCCUUUGCAAUGUGUAGGAAUUUUUACAGUUAUCUCAAAGGGGAAGAAAUAGAAAGUUGGAAAACUGUGGUUGUAUCAAAUUUGUGUGGUUUGAGUUGAUUGCCAUUACAGACUGAUCACAUGAAAUAGUGGUUUCUACAUAUAUUUUAAGGGACGCGGGUGGCGCUGUGGUCUAAACCACAGAGCCUAGGGCUUGUCGAUCAGAAGGUCGGUGGUUCGAAUCCCCGUGAUGGGGUGAACUCCCGUUGCUCGGUCCCUGCUCCUGCCAACCUAGCACUUCAAAAGCACAUCAAAGUGCAAGUAGAUAAAUAGGUACCGCUCCGGCGGGAAGGUAAAUGGUUUUCCGUUCGCUGCUCUGGUUUCGCCAGAAGUGGCUUAGUCAUGCUGGCCGUAUGACCCGGAAAAACCGUCUGCAGACAAACGCUGGCUCCCUCGGCCUGUAAAGUGAGAUGAGCGCCGCAACCCCAGAGUCGUUCGCGACUGGACUUAACUGUCAGGGCUCCUUUACCUUUACCUUUUUAGAAGCAGGCUCAGCAAAGGAAGCAGCAAAGUUAGAGGUGUUAAGAGGCAGGAGAAAGCAUUCAAAAUGUCUUUUAUAGUAGUUGUGGAAAGACUUUGCACAGACGCGGAGGAGCAGUAGUGUUUUCCCAUUUCCUGCAACUUUAAUCCAGACUGUUACAUGUCUUUCCUACUUUACUUUUGUAUGACAGGUGUAAUGGUGGCAAUUUAUUAAAAAUAUACUAUCUCCCAAGUGAAAACUAUUAGAAAUCGGUCACCCUAGUGACCAGGAUAAAUGUAAUCGCUUGAGCUUUGUUCACCUUGAAAAUAUACGUAUUAGCUGGAACAGUUAUGUAACUGGAUAAAGUGAAAUGUGAAAAACAAAAACUAAACAAUAAUAAAAGGGCAAGGAUCACACUGCUGAGGGAGAAGUAGAGUAAAACAGAUUUAUUAUGCUGAACGCUGUUUAAAAGCUGUGCACGAUGUCAAUGGUUAUUUUUCCUCUACAUUAUUUCUCUACUACAUCAUCAAACACUGAACAAAAAAAAAAAGUGUUAGCAGGAUACAGUUGGGAACAAGAUCACCUUGAAUAUUUUCUGUUGCCACUUACUCCCAACCCCUGCCCAUCUCUGAGUCCACUUCUGGCACCUGAGCCUCAUUUGUGAGAAAGGUGGCUGGGGAGGCUUUAGUGCAUCUUUCGUUACUCCCUUUUGCUCUUAAUUUUUUCCUUUCGGUGUAUGUAUGCUGUUAUUUAUCCAGUUCCUUAACCUGCGCAUUGGUCAGUAGCACCUUUUCUUUCUCCUGUUGCUGAAGGCAAGUGCAGUUUUCAGGUUCCUCAGCUUGUUUGUCUGUGCCAUCUAAAAGAAGCAGAAAAAAGAGGAAGAAUAGGUUGCUUCUGAAAAGGUGGGAAGUUCUACUUUGUAAGUAAGCUCCCACCCAGAAUAUGCUCCAUCUCUAGGAUGCUUCUGAGCUCAAAGCUGUGAAAGUUGUAGCUGGCAUCUUCAAAGGUCAGCUGGAUCUUUGUCCCACUGUUCACUUCCGCCAGCAUGCAAGUGCCAACUCACUGCAGGAUAGAUCUUCAACUUCUAAUCAGUCUCCUUGCACUGACUGAGUGCUAACAGAAGAUGUUGCAAUUCCUCCAGUGCUUGCCUCUCUUCUUGUUCUUGCCUCUAACCUAUUGUGGGGAAAGAGGAGCACCAAAAGCUUCAUUCUAGAGCACUGCUAUGGCUUCUUUAGGCAAUAGUAACUUUUGGUAUACAGUGAUGUUGGAGGUGUUUGAAGACAGCUCUUCUGUAGGUCUUUCUGUGUCCCAGGUGAUAGUGCUUUGGCUGACUUUGGGCUGCUCACUGGGUUGGUACCACAUGCAGUCAGUCCAAGCCUUGGAAAAGGCCGCUGUGAGUACUGCCCAAGGAACAGAAGUGCUUGAUCAUGGUGGCCUUUGCAGAGUUGGCACCUGUCGCUGCCUUGAGAUUCCUAGGAUGCAGUGAGGAGUCUGCCUUGACAGGCUGGUUUCCUUGUGCAAGUUGGUCUGGACCGUUCUACUGAUGCUGGUUAGGAACACAAUGCCACUCCUCGCAGCAUAGCCAGGAGUCGUGUCUCUCCUACCUAGAAGGGUGGUUGCCAGCUUGUGGGUGGGCAUCAUCCUGGGUUCCACUCCUGAGCAUUUGCUAUGAGUGAUGAUUUCCUUGUUCUUCGUUUUCAAGGCAUUCCUUUUUUCCGUGCUCUGCUGGCACAUUUCCUUGGAGAGCCAGGUAAAAUGGCAUCUUCCUUAAACUAAUGAGUGAGUUUCUCCUGGAUGUUGGUAGUGGACAAAAGAUCACUAAAGACCCCAACCUCCUCCUCUGUCUAUUAUUGUGUCUUUUCCGUCAGGGGUGCCUUCUGCCAUGAGUCAAGGGAUUCCAAGGACCAUUUGAAUGGCAAUUCCCAUCAACUUUGGGGAGGCCCAGCCCUCUCAAAUAUUUUAUUAGGAGGGACCAAAGAGACCUCACCCCCUAGGAGUUGGCUCCUAGGCUUGCCAGUGAGGGAGGGUGUCUGUGACAGAAGGAAUUUGCAGACCAUACCUGUGGGUCACCUACGCUGCCCAGUGUGUCAUUUAGCUUGGUGGGAACGCCCUAGAAUGGUGAUCUCUAGAAGCAGCAUCUCUGUUGUUGUUUUUUUUAAAUGAUAUUUAUUGAGAAUUUUAAGAUUACAAAGAAACAAAGAAAAAAAAGAAGGAAAAAACAAAUAACAAUUAAACAAUACAGAUCGAUAAAAAUCAAAGUCAAAAAGCAAAAGCAAAACGCAUAAUACAUCAAAAUUUAAAAACAGAUCCAGUAUUCCCAAAUCCUUAACUGUCAUUACCUUAUUUCAUUGACCUCCUCACACCUCCCUUUUUUGUAUUCUAGUUGUUAAUUAUCUCAGCAAAUCCUUUCCAUCUUUCAUAAUAUUCUGUCGUUAAAUUACCUUAAUCUAUUUUAACCUUAUCUUACCAUAAAAAACCCUAAAACUUAAAACUUAAAUCUUAUUUAUACCAAUUUCUCAUAACCAUAACAUAUUCUUACAUAAUUCUUUUUAACAUUUCUGCUAAAGCCAAAUAGUUUCGUUCCAACAUUUUUCUAAUACUCAUUAAUUUUACAAAACUUUCCUAAAUAAUUUUUUUUAAACUUUCUUCCAAUCUUCAUCCAACGUCUCUUCCUCCUGGUCUCGGGUUUUGUCAGUCCUUUCUAUCCCAUCCAUCUAGUUCAUCAACCUGGUAACCUUAUGUCCGAGGCCCUUAAAUCUCUUCCAUGUCCCUUCCGCAGGUCUUCCUCAUAUUUAUACCUGUAUUUUACUUUGUCUUCUGCUCCUUUCACUCGUGGAGACUCCAGCUUGACGAUAUUUUUGUCCCUUCUCGACAGAUCACCCCCUUUUCCAUAGUCAACACUGAACUCCAUGUGGUAUUUAAAAGCAUGUUUCAAGGUCCCUCCAAAGUUAAGGGCCACCACAACUCCGAACUCCUCCCGGCCCAAAGCCAGAUUUGAAAGGUCAAAACAUCCCUGCAUAGGGGGGUCUAUCCAGCCCCCCAUCUCCAAGCCAAACAAGACUCUAUCUCUCCAAAUCUGGCUUUUUCCAGGUUCAUUCGUCAAAUCCAACAACUCAUGUUCCUGCUGGGCCACAGUUCCCUCCAUCUCUGCCUCCCGAGGUCCAGCAACAACCUCCUCCCUCAUCUGAUCUGUCAGAGCACACUCCUGGAUUAAUUCCUGAGUGGGUUCUAUAUAGAUACCCACUGCCUGUCCAAAAUUUCCGAUCGCAACAGUCAUCAAAUCCGUCUUCUCAUGUAACUGUUCCAAUAAAGCACUUGUCUUGCAGAAGGCAAGCACCAGAGCCUCCGAGUACAUUCUUGUACAAGGUCAGAGUCUGGUCCCACGAUCUUAAUCUGUUGCAGCUGCAAAGCUCCCCAGUUCAGAUUUAAUAACAGUUUCGCAAGCUCCCUCUAGGGGAAAAAGCUUCUAUUUGUAUCCAUCUCUUUUUCUUUUUUUUAAAGCAGAUCUAACAACAAAGUUUCCUUUUUCAGAUAUUUUGUCAAUAUUUUGUUCCUUUUAGAUGCGAAGGGGAAACAAUGGAAUCAAUAUGUUUCUCUUCUUUUAACUAUCUGUCAAAAACGUUUGUCUAUAGUCAAUGAACUUCCCCAGGACGUCUGUCCUGACACCCCGCUCCCAGGUUCAAGAUGGUGGAAAAUUGCUUUUCUUUACACUCUCUUCUGCAGGUUUAAACAGUCCAGAAAAAGUUCCCCCCUCUUCUCCUGCUUCCAAGGGGGGUUCAAUAAUUUUAAAUGAUGAAAAUUGAUCCUUUACAGAUGACUUUCUAAACUCUAGCUUGCCGUGUCUUUGCUUUAAUCUAUCUACAAAAGCGGAAGGCGGACUUCCUGUUUAGACCUUCCCGCUUCAGUGCCAAAUUAAAAGAAAUUUCUUAAUCCAAUUUUCCGUUCUACUCACGGGCAGUUAUUUAAAAUCCAAUUGUCCACAGGAAAAAGUCAGCGCUCUCCGGCAACAGCAAUGCGGCUUCACUCCGUGAAAGAAGCAGUCGAUUCAAAGCACCGCGCCACUCACCCCACGUCGCUCCAGAUCCCCGAAACCAGGGUUCCCCGCGAGUAGGGGGGGCGCAAAGGUGCCAGCCGAAUCCCACGUCCACAGGCUUCUCCCGCCUGUGGUUUUUGAUGGGUCUCCGCCUCGCCGUGGCGGUUCAGACCCUUUUUUCCACGGGGCGGAUUCCUCCCGAUCGGAGGAAAUCCGCCAUUGCCAGAGGCGCCAACCCGGAAGUCCUAGAAGCAGCAUCUCUGAGCCCCUUAGCACUGAUCAUAAAAGACCACCUCUAAAAUGUGUUGUGAAAGCACAUGCCCAAAGCAGCUUAGAUCAGUGAGUAGGUUCAGACAACGUUAUUGAGAUGUCCAGGCACUGUGUGGAUUGUUCUCCAGGUGGUUGCAGAAGAGGAACCAAUUGCAAACUGCAGGCUGCAAGCUUUUUAUGGGGAGGAUUGAGGUUUGUUUGAAAACUCACUGUUUGGUUUUAUCCUCCUAGGAUUUUGUGGAGUUGCUGUGCGAACUACUUAAGCCUUAGCCGUUUUACAAGUGUUAAUGAUUUCUGUUUUUUCCCCACCACCACCACCACCACCACUACUCCCAGUUGAAUUGCUGUUGUGUUUUUCAAUCUAAGUAAUUAAAAUACAAAUAAUUUUGACUAUGCUAGUGUACUAUUCAAUUUUACAUUGCUUUUUAUGAUUUUCAAUUUUAUACAUUUCAGUAAUUUUACAAUCAUUUUAACAUUUUGAAACCUGACUUCCUUCCCCCUCUUUCUGAGGUUCCUUAAAUUUAUUUUUUAUAUUUUCUGCCUAUUCCAUAUUAAUUAAAUUACUCAUUUAUUCAUCUACUUUAUACAAUUUUACAUUGGUGCUUUGCCAUUCAUACCCUUAUAGAUGUUAACUGGACUGCAGUCAUCUCCUCUCAUUGUUGAGAAGCAAGGCUGCCUGCUUGGCAAGGAAGGGCUUGUCAUGGAGGAGCAGGGCAGGGAAGAGUUAGGAGUGAGAUAACCUUUGACGAAAGUGUGAGCAACAGCCGCUUAGCUUAGUGAACUAGUGAACUUAGCCUAGUGAACUUAGCCGCUCAAGCCAUUCGUGCCUUGAGACUCUGUAGCAUGGCAAACAUCUUGGACAGGAUGGGCAAUCAAACCAUGGUUAAGGGAAGGCGCCAGGUUCAAACAUAACACCAAGCCAUAUUUAAAAGAAGACAUGAUUCAUAAGCUAACAACAAAUCAUAGUUUUAGAUUGUGGUUUGUUGGCCAAAACAAGUCGUGGUUAACUGCAGAGCAGGGUUUGGAGACUUGAACAAAGCAUAGUUAGGCUAAACAGACUUUGGUUUUGUGCAUAUGAAGGAAACCAGCAAGAGACAAGAACUCAAUAGUAAUUCUUGAGAUUUCAUUUUGCUGCCAAUCUUGAAAGACGUCACUUUAGUUUUUCAUUAGCAUGCAAAUAGAAUGUGGUGAUGGGUUAAUUGAAGAAGCAGAAUGAACUAGGCUGAAACUGUUCUGCAGCUGCCAAUGUCUCAAAAGACUCAGCCAAAGUAGAGUUUAUCAUGUGAUGUUUACUUGCCUGGCAUAUCUGACCUUAGGUGAGGAAAUGAAGCAGGAUGACCAUGAUCAAAUCCACUAAACCCUCUUUAAUAUGCAGCUCAGAGAAUAUUGACUGUCCAUUUCUUAUGCAGAUUAUGUUAAGGAUAAUGGUUUAAUUUCUUGAAAUGGGACUGUUUACUUAUGUUAAAUUACUGUGUAUAUUCAACUUGGGGUUUUUCCUUUGGCAAUAGCUCUCAUGUGAUUGGCUGAUUGUGAGACACACAAGGGAGGCAUUCCAUUCUGUUGUGACUGUUAUUCAAGUAGCUGUUGUUUUUCUCUCUCUCUCUCUCUCUGUGUGUGUGUGUGUGUGUGUGUGAGAGAGAGAGAGAGAGAGAGAGAGAGAGAGAGAGAGAGAGAGAGAACGGCUGCUGAGAGAGGUUUCUCUGUAUACCAGGGGUCAGCAACCUUUUUCAGCCGUGGGCCGGUCCACCAUCCCUUAGACCAUGUGGUGGGCCGGACUAUAUUUCAGGGGGGGGGGUGAAAAUGGGCCAGACUAUAUUUUGAAAAAAAUAAUGAAUUGAGUUCCUAUGCCCCACAAAUAACCCAGAGAUGCAUUUUAAAUAAAAGGACACAUUCUACUCAUGUAACAACAUGCUGAUUCUCGGACCGUCCGCAGGCUGGAUUGAGAAGGUGAUUGGGCCACAUCCAGCCCGGGCCUGAGGUUGCCUACCCCUGCUGUAUACUGCUGAGGACAGUGUGUGUCAGUGUGAUCUUUCUGAAGUGAAACAGAAGAUCCCUAAAUGUUCACAGGGAGAAACGUGCAGGAGCUGUCUAUAAGGAACAAAGUGAAUAAGCAUGAGAUUGUAAAUAUAUUCUUCUCAGUUAUAGAUUAUGAAAGUAUAGUUCUUUUGAAUAAAAGUCUUCCAAGGCAAACCUUUGGUCCCUCUAGCUCAGUGCAGCCAAUGCCCACAAGAAGCAGCACUUUAGAGUUCCAGCCCUGGGUCCCUCCCAGCCUCUCUGGAGGGGAUUGAACAAGAGACUUUCUGCAUGCUACUGAACUGUGGGCUUUCCCCACUAUCUUAAAUGUCUUGCUUCCAACGCUUCGUGUAUUUAAUGCUAUAAUACAUGAAGAGUUGGAAACAAUACAUUUAAGAUAGUUUUUUUUAAAUAAAGCUUUGCUUUGUUAAAUGUGCAUUCUGUAUUUGAGGUCCUUUGUAAUAUUUUAUUCCAAAAUAUUACAAAGAUAAUUUUUUAGUUUUCUGUUAAUUAUCUUGCUUUGAAUGUACACUUUAUAGUUGGCUUUCUUCUGUAAUAUUUUAUUUUGGGUUGUUUUAUUUGAUGUUUUAAUGUAGUUUGUAAACUGCUUGGAUAUUUUUUUCCUUAAAAAUAUAAAGCGGUAUAGAAAUGAAAUGAAUAACAACAAAGUAAUAACUUUGGGUUGUAUCCUGUGGUACAACUCAGCUAACGGAAAGACUUUUGUCAGCAGAAUGGAGAGGAAAGCUAUUCCACCACCAACCUGCCACAUCGCCUGGCAUCCUAAAUCUGUUUUGGAGAAUCCCCCAACACUCCAGAGCAGUUUUUUGGGUAUGGGGUUACAGGAGGGAGAGAGAAUCACCAAAAAUUGCUUCCCUCCCAUUCUUACCAAGGAGCAGCACUGGUGGACACAACCCAUUUUACUCAUGCGAUCCGUGUCACUUAGGUUAGUUGUUGCUGCCUGUCUGAAUUUCACCCAGUGUUUUCUGAACUCUUGCGCUGCCAUUUUAUAACUAGUUCCAGCUUGUGGACCACAGGGAUCUGGGUUUGUUUUGUUUAAAAAUAGUGUUCUCAAGUCUGGUUCUCCCACACCGAUGUCAAAUUGAAAAAGGAACCAUUCUUAUUAUUAGCACAGUGGAAAGGUGUGUGCCUCAAACCUGCAAAUGUGAGUGGAAUGCUUUACUUGUGGGUGGGUAAAUUUACUUAAGCAUCAGGUGUAAAUAAGCAGGGAAUACACUAGACAUUCUUUAGCAUCUGGGGGGAAAAUCAAAUAUGAUGCAUCCAAGGAAAAUUCAAGGUAUUGCUGUAUGAGGGACAGGAGGAAGAAAAUGUAAAUCUUUCCUGUCCACAGACAUUUUCAUCCCAAUUUCUGGCUUUAUGCACCAACUGCCGUCCUUUGUUCAGUCCCCAUGUCUUCCUCAUACUCUGUCUUAUUAAGGUCUAAUAAGUACUCUUAAAGAGGAUCUUCCUGGAUCCAAUUCUGCUUGAUAACUGCCGCCCAGAUGCCAAAACCGUGUUUUGGAAGGAAGGUGAUCAAGAGGGAUUUAGUGAUGUAACUAUGAUUCUAUUGAAUUGGAUCAUUUUUCUAGAUGCCUUUUGAUCUGGUCACGAAAAGGAGUUGCCAUUUUUGGCCCAUAGUGGCAGGCAUAGGUCAGAGAUAAAAAACAUGGCGUCAGAGAAGUUGGCUCUUUAUUCAAAGAGAUCCCAGUAACUCCUCCCAGUAGGUCUUGUUCCAGUGAGGCAGUUGCAAGGACUGAAGGUCACCAACUUCUCAACACUCUCUAAGGCUCCUUCUCUCCAGGGCCUUUCUCAAGCAGUCACAAAUUGCAUCUGCACACAACCAAUCUCUGCUCUGCUCUUUUCAAUUCUCCGCGGGUUUUAGGAGAUGGGGUGGGAGGGGAGCUGGUUGCAGCACGGGGGGGGGGGACUCCCUGGCUUCUUCAGCAGCCUGCCUCAUCUCUGUCUCCUGGACCCCCUCCUCUGCCACAGCAUCUUCCUGCUCACUGAACCCUGUUGCCUCUUCAGCUUCGGACACCUGUUCCUCCCAGUCAGCUCCCUUUUCUCCCUUGGACUACUCAUUGUGAUCCUACCACUAGUCCCCUGGCUCUGAGCCUUCUUUCCUUGGGGGUUCCCAGCUAGUGCCCCCUCACACUCCUCUGCAUCCAGCCAGCCCAUGACACAUAGCUAUUAUUAUUAUUAUUAUUAUUAUUAUUAUUAUUAUUAUUACAGAAGAAAAUAUAGCACUAUUUUAACUGUAGCUAGAUGUGAUGCUUAGAUGUAAAAGGACUACAGUGGUACCUCUGGAUACGAAAGGGAUCCGUUCUGGAGACCCGUUUGCAUCCUGAAGCAAACGCACCCCGCGUCUGCGCAUGCACGGGUUGCGAUUCGCCGCUUCUGCGCAUGCACGUGACAUCAUUUUGACCGUCUGCGCGAGCGGCGAAACCCGGAAGUAACGUGUUCUGUUACAUCCGGGUCGCCGCGGAGCGCAACCCGGAAAUGUUCAACCUGAAGACAACUUCAACCCGAGGUAUGACUGUACGUUGAUUCAGACAUUCUAGACUAGUGUCUCUUACAGUCACUAGGUUGUAUCCGUUGUUAAAAAUAUUCAGAGUACACCCAUUUAAAUUAAAUUAAUCAGUGUGAAUAACUUAUCUCCAUUAAUUUCAGUGGGUUUACUGUGAGUAAAACGUAGCCUGGUAUAACCCUCUCUCAGCUUGCAUACAUUUCAUUGACGACUCCUGAGGGAGAACCUACACCCUUAUCCAAGGAAUAGGUCUUUGAUACAGGGAGAUGUCUCAUUCCGCAAAGUAUAUACCUGACAUUUCACAUGAAUAAUCACCUUAACCUGGGUGCUGUGAAACAGAAGCAGGGGUUGAAUGAUUCACGUUCUGAAUGGAACCAUUAACCUCUGUCAUUGAGCUGCUGUCUUGGAUUUCUGGCAGGACAUGUAGAUUAAAGUUCAGGAAGAAUGAGGCUGAACGCUUGAUAGUCUUAUCAAUAUUAUUAUAUUGCUUUGGAAGUUGUUACAACAUACCGAUAUGUAUGUCUGAACUUAAUUGCAUUGUAAAAUUGAGAUAUGAUGUAAAGAGAAUGUCAAAAGUAUCUACAAAUACAUUAACUGGAUGAAUUUGAUUUGGGAAUGGACUAGUUAUGGUUGGUUGGUGCGAAACAAACCAUGCUCCCUCAUUUAGACAUAAAACUAAGCCAGGGAGUGUGGUUUGUUUCUUUCUAGCCUGAGCAGGAAGGAAAAAACAGUCCACCUCCGUGACUUCACAGUAAACCACAUUAACUUUCGUUUGCCAUGACAUGGAAACUGAGCCUAUAUGCAUCCUUUCUAAUCAUGUGGGGGAGGCUAGGGUUACUAGCUUCCAAACUACAGAGGUGCUCAAAUCAUCUUAGCCAAAAUAUGUAUUGGCACUUUUACUGUGGCUCCUCUCUCAAUAGCCGAACUAAAGUAUGUUUUUACCCUAGCAAACUGAGAUUCAUAGUAGUGCUUUUAUCCAUGAGUAGAUGGGGAAAUAUGUGUCUGAUGGAGAUGUCGAUUUCACCACAAUAAUGAAUCCUUCAAGAAACAUCAGUUACAGUAUAUGUGCCUCUGCCUUCAAAUGCCAAGUACUCAAACAUUCAUGUGAAAAAGAAAUUCAGGCCAACAAGCAACCCACACUAACCAGGUACACAAACAGGUGGUACAGAGUAAAAUUAUGUUUCCUGUGUGUAUUUUUUAGUAGAAACUGGUUCUUAGAGACCAGUCUUCCUUCUCUUCUCUCUCCACCUUUUCCAGCUCUCUUGCCGUUUGCUUCCUGCCUGAACCUUGCUCGCCCUUCAUAUGCACCAGGAGUGGGUAACCACUUUCAGUUCAAGGGCCAGAUUCAAACUCAGAGAUAUCCCUGUGCACUCCCUAAGCCAAGGUGGCCCGACUUUUCACAGCAAGAGCACUUUGAUACAGAAACCGUGGGCUGCAAACUCCCUUGUUGUAUGUCGGGGGGCGCUCUGGCAGGGUAUUAUAGCCCUCCCACCUCCUCCCCAAAGCUGAGUAAGUGCUAACUCGGUUUUGGGAAGGAGGAAGCGGGACUCUAGGACCCUGUCGGAGCUCUCGUGCCUCCUCAAAGCCCAGUGCCUUGCUUACCCAGCUUUGGAAACGCAGCGCAAAGGCAGGGGGAGCAUCAAAUGUUGCUGAGGGCCGAUUCACCCUGCCAGAAGCUAUAUAGAUGUCAUUAAAACAUUAAUUAUUUAAUUAAAAAAAUAAUCGUAAUAACUUUUCUUAUUGGUGGAAAAUAAUACUGGGGAAAGUUAUUUGCAGGGGUCCCUUCAAAUCUCUCCUCUCCUUUCUGCAUGAAUUUUCAAUGAGCAGAAUUUGACUCACAGGAACUCUGGGUUCAAGCCGUUAUUGGUUGUUCUGUAACUGAUCGCCUCUGUUUUCUGUUGUAAUUCCUUGGGGGGAGGGGUAUUGAGGAAUUUCCAUUUUGUGGUGCUAUCACUACUGCAUGUGGUUUAUGGCAGGAUGUGGAAGUUCCCGAAGAAGAAGUUAUAAUUGUAGAUUAAGAAUGUGACACCAUUCCUUGUUGCAUGACUUCCUGUCAAUUUUCUGUUUCUCAGAAAACUAUUGCUUUUAAUAGUCAGCCUUUUAAUCCUUCAGCAUUUGUACUUGUACAAAGUCCUGUAAUUUUGUUAAGUAUAGAUUUGAAUUUCCUUUGUCAAACAAAGAAUAUAUAAGCAGUAAAACAUUUUACAAUUUCACGUGGCAAAGCAUCCACUGUUUAUUUUGGAAAGUUGUUUAUUGGUUAGCUUUGGUUUUAAGAUACCGUAAACAAAUUCUGUGAGAUCAAGGAGUAGGUUUUUCAUCUGUGUUUAGAUACAACUGGACACCAUUUUUAAUCAAGGUAGUGAACUGAACUUUUCAAAACUGUCCGGAUUUUAACCACUAUUUUCAGAACUACUCUAAUUGUUGUUCUUGUUAGCAUUCCUAGCAUCACCAGAAAUUUUAACCAGUGUUUGCAUAAUGGUUCCUGAGAACAAGGAGAAGAUUGUCUAUAUUUAGUAGACUUGGGUGCCAUAUUAGUUUUUUUUAUAUAAUAUUUUUUAUUCAUUUUCCAAUACAAAAUUAUACAAUCCAUACAUCUUGAUUACAUCCCAUUACUCUUUUUGGACUUCCCUCAACUUGUCUGAGAGUCCUUCAUAGUUUUACUUCUUCCACAUUUCUAACAACCCUAUUUUUUAAUAGUUGUUCUAACAUUUUUCCUCACAGAGCUUCAUUAAAACUUACAAACGUUAUCUGAUUAUCAUUUAAUUUUUGCAUAUACUCAAUAAAUUUUCCCCAAUCUUCUGUAAAUCUCUGAUCUCGUCGAUUUCGGAUCCUUCCCGUCAUUCUGUCAAGUUCUGCAUAGUCCGUCAUUUUCAUUCUCCAUUCCUCUAUCGUAGGUAGCUCCUCUUGUUUCCAUUUCUGGGCCGACUUGGGUGCCAUAUUGAAUCAAGAUGGUAGACUGAGCCUUUCAAAACUGUUCUGAUUUGAUUUUUUAUUAUUAUUUGGUUCUUAGAAUUCCCAAGCAAAGCCAGGUGCAGGGCUGCUAGUAUUCUAUAACUUAUUAGUAUGCUCAUUCUGUGGAGCUAGAACAAUAGUAGGCAGCACUUCAUAGAUGUAAGAAUGUUUUCCUGCAAAUUACAGAAUGAUAAUGUUGAAGUGCUUUUGGAAGAUGUCAGUUAAUAAAAGCGUUAUUGAAAGCUAGAUCUUUCGUGCGAUGCUUAAACAAGUAAAAUUCCCACAUGCAGUUUUUUUAUGCCUUGCUUUCUAUGUUAGGAUUGCUGUGAGGAUUCAUUGCAUAAACUGUAAUUCAAAAUAAUCUGUUUAUCCACAGAUAUUUCUCAGAUUAUUGCAAGUUUUUCAGUACUACAGCUGCAGCCUAGGCUCGUGGGAGUGGCUGCAUUCUAUGCACCUGAAUAUUUGGACAGGUUACACUUUCAAUAUAGGACCCUGUGAAGAGUAGCCCCCAUUUUAGUUGUUUAAUAAAACCUUUUUGAAAUAGCCCAUGCCUUAGCUGUUUUAAGAUUAUGUUGCUUUUCAGGGCUCUGUAAGGAGUGUAUCUGUCUCCCCAUAGUCUGAAGGUAUGAAAUACAGUCAUACCUCGGGUUGAAGUAGCUUCGGGAUGAAUAUUUUCGGGUUGCGCUCCGCAGCGACCCGGAAGUAACAGAGCGCAUUACUUCGGGUUUCACCACUCGUGCAUGCGCAGAUGGUCAAAAUGCCGUCACGCACAUGCGCAGAAACGGCGAAUUGCGACAUGCAGGCGCGUGGACGCGGGUUGCGUUCGCUUCAGGAUGCGAACAGGGCUCCGGAACGGAUCCCGUUCUCAUCCAGAGGUACCACUGUAUGCACAACCAAGGCAGUCUGGGCAGAACGGCUCUUACCCAGAGACAAAAGUUUAAACCUCUCUAAACCCAUUAGCCAUACAUCUUUUCCUACAUUUUCUUUUAUAUUUAUGUUUGGAAGUGCCAUCAACUUACUCCUUCCCUAGCUCAGAGCUCCUCUCAGCAGUACCCAGGCAAUAGUAGUGGCAGUUCCAGGGGAUCAUACUUGUACCAAGUCCUUAUACUUAACUCUCAGGUGUGCCAUACAAAAGGCACCGCAAGCACAGACUUUUCUGGAACUCCUUUUCUUGAGAUACAUGUUAUAGUUCCACUAUCCUUUCAGUUCCUCUCUUUCUGGCUCAGACUUAGAGAUGUAUGUCUGCUUUCACACAUUUCUACAUGAAGGUUGCGUGGACGCAUGUGAAAUUUUACAAGUGGAAAGGAAAGUAGAGACCACCUCUUCUAAUAAUGUGCUUGCAAGUUUUUCCUGUGUGUAUUGCCUUUUGGGUGUUUCACAAAUAAACAGAAAAUAUUGAAAAAUAAACAGCACUAAUAGUGAUUCACUGCUUCCUGGUUUCAGGCAUCUUGGAUGUCUAGCCAGCUCCACGCUAGAGACAGUAGAGCUGCAGAUGGAACGUGUGACAGAGGAUGAAGCGGUUGCUGUGGCUGGAGUUUGUAAUGGUGCUUGAGGAAGUGAGUCACCAGGUUCUGCCACAAUUAAUGAUGUUAUUGGAAAUCUCAUCUCUCUAAGCAUCUCCUUGGUGUUGAAAGUUUCAUUUAUUUACUUAAAGGAAAUAUACACUACCCUUCAGCCAAAUACAGCUCCCAGGGCAGCUAACAAAUCAUUAAGAAGGAGUCCUUGUCCUUAAGUUGACAAUCUGUGGUAGCCUUCCCCUCCAGAUGUUGGACUCCCAUCUGCCCUAUCAGCAUUGCCAGUGUCCAGGAAUGUUGGGAGUUACAGUACAGCAACAUCUGGAAGGCAACAGGGUAGGAAACCUGAUCUACAGUAUAAUUCUUAGUGUAACUACAAUUCAAGGUGGGUUUUUUCAGAGGAGAAGAGAAUUAUUAGUAAAAACCACUAUUCCUGAUCUGAGGUAUCACCCCAAUUGAAAAACACCUUUAUUUCCAUAGAUCUGUUCAUCACAAUAAUGUGUGUGUGUUUGACACAACAUAUAUUAAACAUUUUGUAAGGGUGACAACAUCGGCUAUAGCCUGUGCUGUGAGAGGUAAGGGAAGCAACCAGAUCAGCCAACCCAGUCUCCCUUGCAGCUCUUAAAGGACUAAUAUUUUAUUAUGGAAUCCACUUUUUGUUGGGUUUAUUUCAUCAGGUUGUGUGAGAGAGAUAAAACUAAAGUAAAACUUAAAUAAUGCAAAAUAAAUAAGACAAUUCUGAGCUAGAUGUGGUGGUCUUUGUAUAAAGCAGCCUCCUGUGUUCUUGGAACAGAUUCUGCAGUUGGAAAAUGAUACUUUUGAACAAAUGCUUGAAAACGCAAGAACAAAUCUUCCUGAGAUCAAUAAAUCCCAUUUCUCCGUGGAGAAUUCUAGCUGGUUUGCUUCAAAAGUUGGCUUCUUCCUUUACUAAUUUCAUUUUGCCCCAUGGCAGACAAUUAUCAAAGAGCUCAUUUAGCUUUUCUGUAUGUCUGCUGGGUCACAGAAAAAAUGUGGAACAUGACAAAACAUUUAUUUUGAGGUCUUUAGAUGUGAGACCUUUCACAUGAUUAUCAUCCCAAGUUCUGUGGGUGUGUGUUUGCAGUGCUUUGGCAUAAUGAAAGCCUGUUUUUAUUCAUAAAGAAGUGAAGCCGAAAUGUGCAAACACAGCAGUGCUAUGUGUGUAUGGGGCUGAUGGCGGCCCAUUUUCCUUCUGAUAGCCCCCCCUCACACCUCAUAUUCCACCUUCAAGCGAGUGCUGAAAUGCCCCAAGCAUACAAAGCACACGCUGCUUUGGGUGUAUCUUCCUUUGUCCUGGUUUGGGUGGCAUCAACAAUUCUAGUGACAUUCCCCAACUUCUUCCCUAGAAUAGCAAACAUUUCCUACUCUUUGCUUCCCGGACCCCAGUCUCCUUCUCAAGGUAAAUGUGGAGCCUAAUGUCUGCAUGGGGAAACAAGGGGGUGGGCAGCAGGACUUGGCUUUGGAAGUCCUGCACACCAGCGAUGGGAAUACUAAGACUGAACCAUGGGCGUAGACAGGGGGGCAGUUGCCCCCCUAAAUCAAGUAAAUAAAUAAAAAUGCUUAACUAACUGACCUAUCGCAUCACAGAUAGCUUGGUUCUGCCCCCUGCCCAACAUAAAUCCUGGCUACGUCCAUGGGCUGAGCUGAAAUGCAGCUAUCAGAACUGAAGAGCAGUUCAAGUACAUGUCAAUACUGGAGACUGGUCUGUCUUAAAAACGUUGACCAAGCAGGCAUAGGCGCUUGCUACCUGACAGCUUGCACAGAAAGGCAACGCAGGAACCUUUAAAAUAAUAAAUAAAACUAAAACAAAUGAUGCCUAGCUGGAGUUGCUGUGUUCAAAAUUUUAGAGGCCAGGAACAAAGCAUGUGGAAAGGUUAUUUGUCAUCCUGGCCUGGUUGUGGACUUCCAGGAGUGUUUGGAAGAGUGGGACUCAGCUUGCUGUUGCCAUGCAUUCUUGGGAUAUAUACCUGUCAGGGAACUGCCAUCAGUGCCGGAGGGAGAGAGCAAAAUCCAGAGGGAUUCCAGAGAGCGUCCAGAGAGGGAUUGGGAGAGGCAGCCCAUCUUCUGGGGAAGAGAAUCAGCGUAGCACCAGUGGAGAAGGGGGGCAGAUGGGGGAAGCGGCGAGGCGGUGCCAUGACUCCUUGCCGGGGACCAGCGGGGAGAGUAGGGGUCCUCCGCUGCCUACGCCCUCCUUGCGCAGAAGGCUUUCGCGCAGAGAGAGUAGGAGGAGACUAGGCGUCAAAGAGCUUCUUUGCUGGAAGAAGUUUAAGAAACGCCCACUGACGGAUUCUGCCAGCGAUUGAGACAGCCAUGGGUGAGUGGCUGUCCAGACAGAAAAGGUUCACUCAGGCAACCCAGCCAGGUGUUUGCACCGGUUUACGCACGAGCAACCCCUAGAACCAUUACAAUACCUUUGCACACCGGCAAGCUAAUUCUUCACGUUUAGGGAAUAAGAUCUUCCAGAACACGAAUGACUAGGAGGCAGUUCAGCUCAAGAGCUUUAUUAUGCAAGUGGACAGGCUACUAUCAGUCUGAUAGAUCUAAAGGACAUUAAUUUCACUGUCCGCUUCAAUUGUCUGUGGUUCUUGUUGCUAUUAUUGUUGUUAAUUAAAUUUCUAUACCACACUUCAUCCAAAGAUCACAGGGCAGUUACAGUAUAAAAACACAGAAAUACAUAUCACAAUAACAAACAAAAACACACACACACCCCCGCAAACACACAGUUUAAGAGGCCAUAGUUUGGGAGAAGAAGAAUGUAUUUGCCUGGCAUCUAAAGAUACGUAAUAAUGGCACCAGGGGAGCAUCCCUGGAGAAAGCAUUCUACAAAUGGGGAGCCACCACAGCAAAGGCCCAUUCUUGUGUUGCUGCCCUCCAAACAUUUUGCGGUGAGGAACGCAAAGAGGGGCCUCAGAUGAUGAUUGCAGAGUCUGAGCCAGUUCAUAUGGGGACAGGCGCUCCUUGAGGUAUUGUAGUCCUCAGCUGUUUAAGGCUUUAUAGGUCAAAACCAGCACUCUGAAUUGGAUCCAAUUGGCAGCCAGUGCUUUGCAAUCAAGUCACAGUGAGAUACCACUGGUUCUGUCACCUCCUUCAGGCCACACCAUAAAAGGCCCUGCACUAAGUGGCGGAGGAACCCUCUCCGGCACCCAGGGCAGAGCAGCCGUACAGAGUGCACAUGUGCGGCAGCCCGUAUGGAUGCCCUGCAAGCAGCAGCCCGUACAGAUGUGCGGCGACCGUAUGGGAUGCCGCACAUGCGCACUCCAUACGGGAUGCUGCUUGCAUACAGCGGCCAUGCAGGCUGCCACGUGAGUGGCAUCCUGUACGGACUACGCAUGUGUGGCAUCCUGUAUGGAGUGCGCACGUGCUGCAGCCUGUACAGUCGCUGUGCGAGAGGCAGCCCAUACGGAUGCCCGUAUGGAUGGCGUGUGAGAACGGCAGCCCGUACGGACGCUGCACUCUACAGCUGGGGGGAGACGGGCCAUCUUGUCGCAUACACCCCAGAGUGGCUCCCGGGGCACCCGCCCCCUCCACCUCCUACUUCGUACGCCCCUGCCUGCACUACCUUGGAAAGCUCUACUAGAUGGCACAGAGGUAAAGGUAAAGGACCCCUGGACAGUUAAGUCCAGUCAAAGGCGACUAUCGGGUUGCAGUGCUCAUCUCGCUUUCAGGCCGAGGGAGCCAGCAUUUGCCCACAGACAGCUUUCCGGGUCAUGUGGCCAGCAGGACUAAACCGCUUCUGGCGCAAUGGGACACCGUGACGGAAACCAAAGCACACGGAAAUGCCGUUUACCUUCCCGCCAGAGUGGUACCUGUUUAUCUACUUGCAAUGCCGUGCUUUCGAACUGCUAGGUUGGCAGGAGCUGGGACAGAGAAACAGGAGCUCACCCCGUUGUGCAGAUUUGAAUCGCCAACCUUCUGAUCGGAAGCCCAAGGGGCUCAGUGGUUUAGACCACAGCGCAAGGAGGAUGCAACAGAGCCGUUGCUCCCGCAACCUGGGACCAGGCUGACAGGCCUUUAUCUUCUCUGAGGCCAGGGGUGGUCCCGGCCCACAGGUGACUCACCUCUCCUGGCCUUAAGGCGAGCACUCCUCCUGAGAGAACCCAGUUCCCUCCGCCUCUCUGCCCUGAGCCUCUGCAGCUCAGGAGAGGCUGGAGGGUUACUGGACCCAGGGGGAGAGGGCUGGGAGAGGCGCACCUGUAGGCAAUGGGUCCUCAAUCACCUCCGGAGCCAGAGGGGAUUCAUCGGGUGUCUGCUCCUGAGGAUCCAGCACAGGUGCAGGCGCUUCAGAGUCAAGUCCCUGCCCCGGCUCAGCCGGCCCUGGAGGCGGGGACUCCUGUGCAGGCUGGGAUUCCUCCGGUUCAGCCUCUGAAUCAGAUUCCCAGGCCAUCACAGCUGUAAUCUCUUGUUUCUUUUACAUUGCAUAUAGCAUUUUGUUCAAAUUUUAAAAUGAAGCAUGAAUGUUGAUUAGAUCUGUUCUAUAGACCUUUCUGUAUUGAAAAAGGCAGCACUCAAGGCAACUCUCACAGAAAUAUAACAAUAAAUAAAAACAAAAUUAAAAAGAGCAUUAAAACAUGGCUGACUUCUAUAUGUUAUACAAAGUACUGGAAAGCUUAAGGCUUUUCUGAAAUUAUGUGCUUUAAGCUUGCCAUGUGUUACAGAAAAAUUGAUCAGAUAUUUACUGGAAAUUUGUCUGAUGUCAGUUUAAUGAAGUGAAAGCUUUCCACAGUGUCAUCAAAAUGGACUUUACCUUUCAACAGAUUGAUUGUAAUUAAAGGGUUUAAAGUGAGUAUGCUCUUAUCAGGGAUGCUCUAUAGUCACAUGAAGUGAGAGAGAUCAGAGUACUGUAUGGUCCAAGCCAAAUAUUAAGAGGAUUUUUGCCAGCUGGUAUGAACACAUGGCUGCUAAUCAUUAUAAAAGAUUUAAUCUAUAUUUUAGGGGAAAUUGUUUUCUAAAAUUAUUCUUUCCAAUUAAUUAUGCAACCAAGUAACAAAAUCCUAUUUUCUGGUGGGACUCUAGUUGUGUCUAGCAUCUACCCAAUAGGUGAAAAUUUAGCAGCUGUCCCUCCCGUUGAGAUGGAAUGAUAGCAAAAUCUUCACUAGUGACAUUUGUACAUGCUGACAGGAAAAAGAGAACAACCACAUCCGUAGUUUGGCUGAAAGUUGAGUUCCAUAGUAGUUCACUUCUCUCUUUCUGAAUGACAAUGCAGUUUAAAGCCAGGGUUGAAACUCAGGAUGUGGAGCGACAACACUCCCUUUCCUGAUGGCAAGGUUCUGCAAGGACUUUCCCUUGAGGAUACCACCCAGAGGCAAGGAUGCAGCGGGGGGGCCUUUUGCCUCAGGUGCUCCCCUGCUGUUUAUCAUACAAUCUGAACAAUUUCAGGCACUUCAUGUGGAUUACAGCAGAAGCAUUGGAACUGAUGGCUUCUGCAGGAUUGCUGUAAUGAUUAAAGGUUCGCCAUUGUGCGGGGAGGGGGGCAGUCGCACAGGUCCUUGGCGAACAACAUCUGCCUCUAAUGAGAUUCUGCAUGAGCAACCAUGGUAUGGUUAGGACCAGGGGUCCCCAAACUAAGGGCCGCGGGCUGGAUAAGGCCCGAGGGACUCGUUUAUCCAGCCUGCAGCGACCCACGCUGCUGCUGCCCGCUCUUACUGGCGCUGCGCGGCUGCCCACUUCCAGGUCAGAGGAGCACUGGAAAUAGCUUGUGCGCAAGCGUUAUUUCCUGUGCACAUCUGGGUCGGAGGAGGCCUGUUCACAUGCGCACAAGCUAUUUCCGAUGCUCCUCCGACCCGGAAGUGCGCCAGAAAUAGCGUGUGUGUAUGGGCACGCGCUCCCCUGCCCUCUGGCCCGCUGCGCAGUCGGCGCUGGAGACACCGACCCAAGGCGUGGUAAGUUUGCUGACCCCUGGUUAGGACCUACAGUCAGACCUUUAAAUGUUACAGCAGUGCUGUGGGAUGAACCCUCAAGUAGUGAUGUUAAAUUCUCCAGAAUAAUCUUUUGGAGAAUAUUCUCGAGAAUAUUCUCGAUUAAUGAGUUGUGUGCAUUUAAAGCAGCUGUGUCGACGACACAGAAUUUACAGUUUGUGGAGAAUAUUCUCCGGAGAAUUUUCUAGCAGAGACUAUUCUCCGGAAAAUAUUCUCACCUCACAUCACUACCCACAAGAAAAUCAGCACUCACACUGCUGCAGGGCACCAGAACAGGGAAUUGACCACAGCUGGUCAUUUCGAUACACUUUGGCCCCCAGAAGCUGCUAUUAGGCAGCUUGGUAAGCAGCUAGUAACUCCAUUUAAAGCUCUGCAGAUACGAUGUUUGUAAAACUUUGGGGAGAUGUACGUUUUCAUUGGGUAGAUUAUGUAUGCUGAUAAUUUAUCAUGGGCUACAUCAGGAGAGGUUAGUUUUUCUGCUUGACAGUUGCUCAUAUCUGUAAUGAGUAAGGAGUACGUAGUGGGAAGAUCUGCCUCUUUUCGAAAUAAGAUACUUUCAACAUGUGUAUAUAUCUGUUUAAGGAGCUAACAGAAAUCACUGGGUUAAAGCUGACCGAAAGUCCAGAGGUAGCAUUAUUAUCAAUUUACGAUGGGGUGGAAGGUUCUUUUUUUUUUUUUAAAUAAUAUUUAUUAAAGUUUAGAAGUUACAGAAAAAAGACAACAAUAAAAAGAAAAAAGAAAAAACAUAGAAAGACAAUACAACAAUACAGCAAAAAAGAAACAAAGGGGGGAAAAACUAAAACACACAUCCAAUAUUCUUUAUCUUUACCUUUCCUUUACUUGUUUCAUCGACCUCCUCACACCUCCCUUUUUUUGUAUUCUAGUUCAAUUCACUAUUUCAGCAAGUUCUUCCCAUCUUUCUCAAUUUUUUUCCUAUAAUUUAUCUUAACGGUCUAACCUUAAAUUUUUCAUUUUAACCCGUUAUCAAUCAGCUUUUACUUAAUUCUUAGUUGCAUUUCUACUAAAACCAUAUAACUUCAUUCCAGCAUCCUUCUAACACUCAUUAAUUUUACAAUGUUUCUGUAAGUAUACUUUAAAUUUUUUCCAAUCAUCUUCCACCGACUCUUCUCCUGGUCUCGGAUUCUGCCAGUCAUUUCCGCCAGUUCCAUGUAGUCCAUCAGCUUCAUCUGCCAUUCUUCCCUGGUGGGUAGAUCUUGUGUCUUCCAAUGCUUUGCAAUAAGUAUUCUUGCUGCUGUUGUAGCGUACAUAAAGAAAGUUCUAUCCUUCUUUGGCACCAAUUGGCCGACCAUGCCCAGGAGAAAGGCCUCUGGUUUCUUCAGAAAGGUAUAUUUAAAUACCUUUUUCAUUUCAUUAUAGAUCAUCUCCCAGAAUGCCUUAAUCUUUGGGCAUGUCCACCAAAGGUGAAAGAAUGUACCUUCAGUUUCAUUACAUUUCCAACAUUUGUUAUUGGGCAGAUGGUAAAUUUUUGCAAGCUUGACUGGUGUUAUGUACCACCUAUAAAUCAUUUUCAUUAAAUUCUCUUUUAAGGCAUUACAUGCCGUAAACUUCAUACCAGUGGUCCAUAACUGUUCCCAGUCAGCCAUCAUAAUAUUAUGUCCAACAUCUUGUGCCCAUUUAAUCAUAGCAGAUUUCACCAUUUCAUCUUGAGUAUUCCAUUUCAACAGCAAGUUAUACAUUCUUGACAAAUUCUUAACUUUAGGGUCUAACAAUUCUGUUUCCAACUUUGAUUUUUCCACCUGGAAGCCUAAAUUUUAAUGUGGUGGAAGGUUCACAGGCUAUGAAGGACUUGCUCACAAAUUUAUUGACAGCUGUACAAAUUAUAACAGCUAGGAAGAUGGAAGGGGCAAGCAGGAAAUAAAAUGGAAGAAUGGUAUAAAGAGGUCUGGGAUAUAGCUAUUAAUGAUAAAUUAACAUGUGCCAUUAAGGUGAGACGGGGAAUAUGCAGGAGAAAUGAUUUUGAGGAGAUAUAGAAGAUGUUUGUAGAAUUUGUACUGUUAAAAUGGAAAGAGGUCAAACCAUCGCAAGAGGUGUUGAAAUUUUGGGAGGUUGGAUAGUUACAAUGGAAUGGUCUCGGUGGUGGGGUGCACAUUUUUAUUCUUAUUUAUUUAUGAUUAUUACUUUGUCAAAAUAGAAGAAGAAGAAGAAGAAAACAAAUACAAAAAACAAACAAAUGUGUAUUUAUCUGAGUUAUACAUGUGCUCUAUGAUUUUGGGAAACAGACAGCCGAGUCCUAACAAAUAGCUUAAUGAAUGCUGUUACUUUGAUGACCACUAGCUUCAGAAAAGAAUUCAACAGAUUCAUAUCUGUUAGACAUGAUAGCUAAUUGAAACUCUGUGUACAAAGACAGUAAAUCCAUCUCUCUUUAUCAGGGGCAACAAUAGAUGGAGGCAUUUGGUAUUGGCAUUCUUCUCCACUUUUGACUAUGUUGGGGGUGGGAAUGGUUGAAUUCUUUGAACCUGAAGUUUUAUAACCUAAAGAUAUAAAAGCCAACUAUGUUUUCACAGUGAUUAAAUGUGAAGUUGCCUAUGUUUUUGAGCCAGUAUGGAAUUUUGAAAAAGUGGCCACAAAAUGGGAUGAACAUGCUCACUUGGCCCUUAUAAGUAACAGCGAAAGAGGCUGACAGUAUAUUAGCCACCACAACACUUACGUAGGGAGAACAACACUUUGCACCUCUCUGUUCUGAACAGAAAGGAAGGUGGUUGUCCAGUCCAGGCAUGCAAUGAAAUGUGGGCAUGUUAAAUCACUUCAUUUUUCACUUUCCAAUGUUUCUAUCUUCAGCAGGCUGCAGCAGAAAUGAGAGAUUUGUAUGCAAGAAGUGUAAUUUUCAAAAGUUCAGUGAAAGGUUUGAGAAGAGGGUUUGUUAGAGAACUUAAGCAAUCACUAGUAGAUGAUAUUAUAAAAGCUGUGCAAAAAAUAGCUUAGUAAACACAAAGACAAGAGAGGAAAACAGACGUGGUAACUUGAAGGACAAAGUGUUCAAAAUGAUUUUUACCGUACUGAAAUAAUAAUUUCAGUUGACUGACGAGAAAGACUAUAGAUGGAUUUUUAAAGGAAGUUCUUUUCAGGAGAUAGCCAUUGUUACUUAAGCAAAAGAUUUAGAAGAAUAGAACACCCACAGACUUGAAAAUAAUAACCAUCACACUUCAGAGCACUUAGUACACAGGUGGAAUUAAGAAGGGUCUCCAUUUCAUAUCUUGCAUUUAUGAAGUGUUUUGUCACAAUGGGAUCCUAACUGGUGUGCCCCAGGAUGAAUGUUAUUGCAGAUAAGCUGUGUCCUAACCCCCCAUCAUAGGGUUGGAUUCAGAGCAGCACUUAGUGGAACUCUCUUAACCAGAUUCUAAAAUUCAAAGAAACCAGUAUCCCUUUUAAAAAUAGCUUAAUAUUUAGUUUUUUAUUUUGUAUUUAGGUACAAUAUUAUACAUACACUUACUUAUGUCAUACUUUAUAUAUCUAAAAUAACAGAUUCAUCUAUUUUAUAUUGAUUCCAAUUCAAAAGAAGCUCCGUUCAAUUUGGUUGAAAAUUUUAUUUUGCCUGCAUCCUUCCAUCCCAUAGUUGCUUAUAUCUCAUUACUUUAUUAAUGAUCAUUAUGUCCCAGAUCUUCCUCUUCCAUUGGUCAAUUGUUGGUAGACUAUCAGUUUUCUGUGCCUUUACUAUCAAAUAACACUCUGCAAUCAACGUGUGUGGCUAGAACAAAAGAGUCUCUUGCUGAACCUAAUGCUGUUUCAUCAGCCUUAAAACAACUGAGAGCCUCAAGCUCAAAGCAAAAUAAGCUACAAUUCUUGUUUCAGAUGUAACACUAAGCCACAGAUUGUCAUUUGUUUCAUCCAUGCAAUAGCAGUUUGCAAAAUGAGAAGAGAAAACCACCCAGAAAGACACAUUCAUUGUAAGCUAUUAAUUAUGCUUUACUGUGAUAUGUGAACUGGGCACUGGCCAGAGUCUGAGCUUCCAAGUAUAUAAUAAGCAAGUCAUGGAUUUUAAGCUUCUUUUUUGUUUAUGUUUUCCAUCCUCCGGAUAGUUUCAUAAGUUCAGUUCACUUUCUUAUCCAUUAUUCAGAAAUCUCUAGAAGCAGAACUGUGGUUAUAACUAUCACUUGUCAAUUCAGACAUUCAGCCAAGCAACAGUUUGCAAAUCACAGUUUCUGUCUCUGGUUUCCUAGCUGAUCACAAACCUUGGUUUGUCAAUAUAGAUCCACUUGCAAACAUAGCUGUCCCUCUUGAAAAGCAGGUGUUUGAUUAAAACAGACCUGGACCUCCUUCCUGGCAUAGAGGAUAAUUAAAUUGUUGUUCUCUUCCAUUGUCUGAUGGAUACAAAAAAUUGGUGUCAAAGAAGAAGGGAAACUUCAUUGUCUUAAUUUCCCAAAUUGAAAUAUUGCAGUUUGUAGAAAAGCUUGUUCUGGGAAAGGUGCUUUUCAAACAUGGUGCUAAAAGAUUUUUGAUGUGCCCUGGUUCAUUGGCUCAAUUUCUUUAAGACACUGAAAGAGCAGUAUUAUAGUGUAGAUCCCAUACUUUAGCUGAUCUUACUUUGUGCAACAAAUUAUGAAUUAUAUGUUUAAUGAAAAUACAGACCAUGAGCAAGGACAACAGGAUCUGCGUGGGUGGGCCCCUAGGCCUUUUGUGUGCUGUGAUAUUCAGCACAGGUUUAAGAGAAAAGUCCGCCCACACAGACGUCUCUGCAGAACUGAAGCUCCCACCCUUCUUUCUGUACCUUCAAGUUCAUUUUCUUUCAUUUUUUUUUCUUUUUCCAGAAUAUUUAUAUCUAAAGAGAGCUUGGAAAUACCAUUGUUGACAGAGAAUAUCAGGGAGAACAGUCUUCACUAAAACGUGCUCAGUGUAUCGUUGCUGUAUUUUUAAUACAUUACAUUUUCCAUUAUUUACUUUAUGUGUUUAUUUAACAAAAUAUAUUGCUUGACUGUAGAUAGAAACUGUAACCAACAGUUAAGCUGUAAACAGGUAAAAAAUACCUGCCAACCGUUACAUACCUAGAUAGGCCUGCCAAAACAAAAAUGUUUUUAAAAGGUGCAGGUGCCAGAAAGGGUUCAGCAACGGUGUCAGGAGGGGGGGAGCCCCAAAGUGUGGGUUCCAACAGGCUUUUUAGAAGUGACCGCUUUUGAUGAAUGGGCUGGUGCCAUGCUGUUUUUACUGUGAUUAUUUUAUGUUUUUAAACAUAUUUUGAUAAGUAUAUAGUUUUAAUUCUAGUAAUGCUUCAUUUUUAAAAACAAUUUCCCCCCCGGUAUGUUUUUAGCUUUUGAUGCUUUUAUCUGUAAGCCGCCUUGAGUCUUGACAGGGUAAAAGGCAGGGUAUAAAUAUAUAAUAAUAAUAAUAAUAAUAAUAAUAAUAAUAAUAAUAAUAACCAGUGCUGGUCUCUAAGCAGAGGUGAAAGAGGCUGAGACUAAAUUAUGCUUUUUCAUUAGGCUGUUUCAGAAGUUAUUCAUAACCUCACACCCCAGGGGUUUUAAUACACUAUGAGGAAAGAUACUCUGAAACAUUUUCACUUGUGCUUUGCCUAAUUACCAUACAGCAAAAUGUGCUGAGGAUUUUUAUCAUAUUUUAGUUUUAUUUUUUAAUCUCACAUCUGCACAAACAUAGCUGUAGACCCAGCUCUUAAUUUACUAGUUACUGGGUGUCCUUAUAUAAGCUACUAUUUUACAACCUUUGUCUCCUCCCUAGGGAUAAUGUAUAUGAAGUAUAUGCAUGCUUUGCUUUGCUUUGCUUUGCUUUGCUUUGCUUUGCUUUGCUUUGCUUUGCUUUGCUUAUAGAGCUGAAUGGGAGCACCAGGGUCAUCUAGUCCAACCCCCUGCAAUGCCGGAAUAUUUUGCUCAGUGUGAGGCUCAAACACACAACCCUGAGAUUAAGAGUCUCAUGCUAUACUGACUGAGCUACCAAAGGAUUAUUAUUAUCAUUUUAAUGUAUGUACAGUGGUGCCUCGCAAGACGAAAUUAAUCCGUUCCACGAAAGUCUUCGUCUAGCGGUUUUUUCGUCUUGCGAAGCAACCCUAUUAGCGGCUUAACGGAUUAGCGCUAUUAGCGGUUUAGCGGCUAUUAAAGGCUUAUCGGCUUAUCGGAUUAGCUGCUAAAAGGCUAUUAAAGGCUUAGCGGCUUAGAUAAAGGGGGGGAAAGCGGGGAAAAAAUCUCAAGACUCACAAGACAUUUUCGUCUUGCGAAGCAAGCCCAUAGGGAAAUUCGUCCUGCGAAGCAACUCAAAAACGGAAAACCCUUUCGUCUAGCGGGUUUUCCGUCUUGCGAGGCAUUCGUCUUGCGGGGCACCACUGUAUCACAUAAAGUCCCAGGGGGUGACAGCAAUUUAAAAUACAACAUCAGGAUGAGUCCUGAAAGCACACAUCUGCCAAAAGGUGCAUAGUGAAGGUGCCAGGGGCAUGUCUGUGGGGAAGGAGUUCCCCAAGUAAGCGGCUGCCACAGAUUGCCCUCUUCUGAGGGUGGCAGAACUACCAAGAGAUCUCCUUUGCACCUUGCCGUCAGAGAGGAGAGGGUCUGCAGGGAAGGAGAAGUCUAUCAGAUAUCUGGGGUCUAAGUUGCUUUAAAGACUAAUGUGAGCACCUUGAAUGGUGCCUGGAAACCAACUGGCAAUCAAUGCAGCUGUUUUAAAAUAGGGGUUAUAUGAGAUCUAUAUCAAACCCCAGUCCAGUUAUGGCUUCCUUGUGUUGGUCGUCACUAUUUCUAUUACCCCAUAACCCUCUGAGUCUUUUUUCCUGUUUCUCUAGAGGCACAUGCAGGGGCUUGUACCAGUGAACCUGUGCUAUAGGGUGUGAGAGAGGAGUUUGCUAUACAGUUCCUUUCAAGUUCAUUAAUUACGAUCCGCACAAGAGCCCUGUUGGUGGCACCGUCUCUGGCUGCUGCCUGGUUGACCCAUGACAGGGCCUUCUCUGUGGUGGCUCUGUUUGUGGAAUGCCCGCCCAGCUGAGCUUUGUCAGUCUCCCUCACUAUUAAAAACAUUCCUGUUUACUCAAGCAUUCGAUGGCUAAACUAUGGCAACUAUGAAAUUAAUAACUCCCAUCCUGGGCUUCUCUGAGAGGAAAGGGUGGGAUAAUAAUAAUAAUAAUAAUAAUAAUAAUAAUAAUAAUAGGGCCCCUCGCUCCUAGGUUUUGGAGGUGUCUUCCAGAUCUAAACCAGAUUUGCCUAUGAAGCCUACUGAAUAUAAUGGGAUUUAAAUCGCUCCUUUUCUUUGUUCUUUCAAAAAAGAAUUGCUAUGUGGUUAGCAGUUUAAAAUAAGCAUUAUUGUUACAUACAUACAUACAUGGUUUUAUGUGUAUGCCACCUGUCCACAGUUCAAACCAUGCACAAGGCAGCUUACAACACGGGAGGAAAUAUAACUGCACCGCAACCAAGUAGUCAGACAGUAAAGAAAACAUGUAAACAUACACAACCAAACUGAAGAAUUUCCACAUAAAUUGUUAGGAUCUGAUCCAAACUUUAUCCAGCAGUAACACUGUUGUUUAUGCGUGCCCUUCACAAUGGGCUGCAGUUCAGUUUAGAGUUUGGAGUGCGAAUGAACAUGCUUGUAGCCUUGAGAACUAUCAGUUGUAUUAAACAAUUAAUAUUUACAAAACUCUUAUGUUUAACCAACCCCAGUAUUUUGUUUCCGGGAAAUGCAUUUUUUAAUGCCAGGUUACAAAUCAGAGUUAAGGUUUUGUUGUGCUGGCUCCAGCUCCACAAAGCCAGGAAACUGGAAGUUAGGCUCCCAUGGCUUCCCCAAAAACAACAAUAUCUACACAGCUUUUGUAUUCUAUAGUGAAGAGACUUCAAGCGCAAUCCCGUCUUGACUCCCCAGUGGCUGACACAGCAGGCCUCUUUGUGUGUGCUUCCAGGAAAACACUUGACAAAAUGGAAGUAACAAAAUGCAGCUCUGGCUCUUCUGCCAGAAUAAUUUUAUUCAGUUCUAAUGUGUGUUUGUUUACUUUAAUGGGAGUAGCACUCCAAAUGCUUAUUCCAGCUUUGAAAGCAUUGUCUCUGUAGAUUGCCAGCAGGGUUACUGUCUUAUACUGCCUAAUUUAACUGUUGGCUCUUUUGUAUUUGUUUUAGUUUUAAUGCCUUUCCAUUCCUACACAAAAUGUUCCAUCAUGCUGUUUGGCUUUAAAGAUAAGGACGGUUACUGACAACCACUCCAGUCAAGGAAAACUAUCUGUGUUAAGCUGUACACCUUUCAGUGGGCAACCUGACAGAAGUCUCUGAAUCGUCUACCUUGUGAAGAAUAUGGAAGGGUAUUCUGCUGGUUUUAUAUCAGUAAUAUUUGUUUUUGCUCUUACGUCUGCAGUGCAAAAAGAACUUAAAUGUUCAUAUGAUAAAAUCACAAACAGUAAGUUUUUCUUUCUGGGAGAGGUGAUACUUUAUUUUUGAUGAGGUUUUGGGGGGAAAGAGCGACUGCUGCCAUGUGGUCGGAAAAGGGCUGUUAGAAAAUCAGGGGCCAACCCCUUUUCUCUAGUCUAGUGUGAUACUAUAAUAGGUAUAUUAAAUGCGUUGCAAGUUAUGCAGCACUUAUUAUUAGCAGCAACACUCAUUUUCAUCAAAAAUUAUCUGAGGCAUGUAGCUAAAAGAUCAAGUAUUGUUUCCAUAAUUUACAGUUCUUUCUUCAGGCAGAUACAACAUCAAAAAUAAAAACUACUCCCGUCAUCUUCCAUAAUUGCAGUCCUAAUAUGCACACAAGUUCGCAUUUUGUUGCUGCCCAUUUGGAAUACUUAGCUAAUAGCCUUUGUGUUUUGUGCUCACAGUUACUAAUAGUUUCAAAACCAUGUCCCAUCCAUUAAAAUCCACAACAGGGGGUGGGGGGGUUAAGGCCCAAGUAAUUCAAUCUAAGUGUUCUUGGGUGCACAUACUUUCAGACUGCAAAGCACUUUACAGCCUUUAUCUCGCUAAAUAAAUGGGCUUGGUGGUAUUCCUUCCACUUCUAGAAUCUGAUAAGGAUUCCACAUUUUACUCAUUCCUCUCCUUUCCUUUCCUAUACAAAUGGCAUUUUUAAUUGUUUAAAGAACACAAUGAGCUUGCAGAACCUUUCAGAGUAAAAAGAAGAGCAAGCUUUGCCCUAAAAGCAGCAAAGGGAGUUUUCUCUCCGUGGUACAAACAGUCAAACUAUCCUAGAAGGUUACUUUCACCAUUGUGUAGAAACCGCUCAAUGGCAUAUGUAAGCAAGAAAUAACAGGCGUUCUUGGUUCAAAUAUAAGAGAGAAUAAUGAGAAGAAUGAAAAUCAAUGACAUUGAUAUGUAAUUAAUUUAGAAUGGCAAAAGGAAGCAGUGUGUAAUUAUAUAUAAGCCAUAAUUGAGUUUUAGGAUUCUAUGCCAGAGGAUGUCAUCAAAGCUGAACUGGGCAUAAUUGCCUUAUUAGUCCUCAUUUACUUCAAAGAACACUGUGCAAAUAUUCACUCAGCUAUUGCAUAGCUAAGUUCCUUCUCAUGACUUCUGCAGCAUUCUUUAUAUUAUUAAUCUUUCAAACAUUAAGGGUACAAUUGUAUCUUAAUUACUUUGACUUCUUUAUGCAAAUAAUUAGCAAGGGUGGGCACCAACCACCAGAUUUUGUUUGAACCCCAAUUUGGUGCUUUGGAAAACAGCCUGCCUCAGUUUGAUGUAGCUCAGAGUCUAUCGAGCUAUAUAUUUUUUUCUUUUUAACAGAAGUGGUUGACUGUUGCAGGCCCACUAGCUUACCUAAUUACAGGGGCUUUUGUGCUGACCACUUUUAAAGUUUUGGAUGUGUGUGUUUUAAGGAAAUGCCUAUACUUUUUAAUCUUGUCACAGAAUUGGAUAAAAUUAGCAUAAAGAAGGCUGAUCGCCGAAGAACUGAUGCUUUUGAAUUAUGGUGCUGGAGGAGACUCUUUUUUUUUUUUUAAGAAUAAUUUUUUAUUAACCGACCAAUCACAUCAAAUCAAACCAAAUUCCAAAAAUUCCAAAUUACACAGCCGAAUUUUAAAUUUUUGUUGGGAGUACCCAUAUUUCAAGUUCCAAAGGGAUCCAAUCAACUUCUUGCUUCUUACUGCUGUUUUAAUGUCCACAAAUCUAACCUUAUGAUGUUCACAGUACUAUCCAGUCCUUUCUUAUUAUUUUUCCACAUCUCUUGUUGUUAUUUUCAUAUAUUUUUCCUUUCUCUUUGUGACCUCUGAUAGUCUCCGCAAGCUGGUUAGAACAGUUUGUAAUCCUGCAUGGAUAUUAUUUUUUUUAUCCAAUAGCCAUAUCCAGACGUUUUCCAUGUAACAUCACUUCCAUACAUCAAAACAGUCUUAGCGUCAUUAAUCUUCACCAAUCUGCCUCCUUUCUCAAAACCUCUGAGGAGAUUCACUAGGAAUGCAGUCUGAAAACAAGUCCUUUCUUCCUCCCGGCUAUAAAUCCUUUGGCAAGAUGGCGACUCCGAAUUAAUUGCUGCGCCAUUCCCAAAAGCUCUUAUUGCUUCUCGGUCUCCAUAAAGCAUACUUUUGGUUAAAGUUUAUCUCCACACAGACCUUAAUCAUCCUGCUUGGGUCAGUUCAACCGACGGUUCUAAUGAGGAGGGGUUCUUGUAAAUCACAUAGAAGGAAAGGAAAAAUGUCGUCGUCCCCCAUUCAGCCCCGUUGUCAACAUACCCCGCCUUUGGUGUAUCUUCAUCGUAAAAUAUUCCUGUUUCUCCAGCCCGUCGUCUUCUUUCGCAGAGGUCACUUAAAUUAGCAGACUUCACUCCCCUUCUUCACUUGAAAUAUGUGCAUUUGCUUCUUUUGUAAUUAAUUAUUCCAAAUUGCUGCAACUAGUGCGCGAUCAGAAACAGCGUCCAGGAGAGCCAAGGUCCACACGGGGGCAUUCUGCCUAGGGCCCUCACCCCCUUCUUUCGAAUUAGGGGGUGAUUUAUGGGCACAGCAGGCAAGGGCAGUGUUCCCCAUUUCUUUGGGGCAACAAGGGAGGCUGCCUACUCCCAUAACAGCCUCUUAAUUACCCCGUGUGGGUCGGAGAGAUGGUAUUGUCGGCCAUCUUCCAAUGCGCCCCCUAGUGGCCCCCCAGUGCUGGAGGAGACUCUUGAGAAUCCCAUGGACUGCAAGAUCAAACCUCUCCAUUCUGAAGGAAAUCAGCCCUGAGUGCUCACUGGAAGGGCAAAUCCUGAAGCUGAGGCUCCAGUACUUUGGCCACCUCAUGAGAAGAGAAGACUCCCUGGAAAAGACCCUGAUGCUGGGAAAGAUGGAGGGCACAAGGAGAAGGGGACGACAGAGGACGAGAUGGUUGGACAGUGUUCGCGAAGCUACCAGCAUGAGUUCAAGAAAAGUCGGACACGACUAAACAACUAAACAAACAAAGUAGGCACGGGACCCAUUCUGAAGGCAAGAAAAUUAAGCCACAAGAGCAAAUGUUACAGUUUUAUAGUCAAUGAAAAAAGAAGCACUGUGGAAAAUUGGUCUGAAAAGUGCAGACCUGAGAGGGGUGACACUGAGUAAGAAAUCUGCCAAAAUACAGAUAAAUAGGGACAGACUUUAGUGGUAGACACUUUCUAAAGUUGAUUUUGGGGGUAGGAAAAAAAAGAUUUACUUUCUUGGUAUAAUAAUUCCUUCUGAUUACAAGUUUAACCUAUCAAUCAUAAUGAAGUCCUCCCACUGCCCUCAUUGGUGUUUGCCCUCCCCUGCCCCCGUCACCUGACUAUGGCAAGCUCUGAGACAUUACUUUGUUUUCAGCAAAUGCUUUGUCUGCAACAUUAUUUGAUGCCAGAUUGCCAAGGUGUCAGAAAGUGCUUCCUGCUUCCUGUUUCAAUUCAUGCCACCUCAUACAGAGGUGGAAGAACUGAUGCAAACAUUGUCACACUCCCCUUGGGACUACUCAUUCCAGUCCUUUCCUUGGUAGAAAAGGGUGCUCCACCGAGGAAGUGGAGACCCUUUGCCAUCACGUCCCUCUUUUCCUGCCCUAGGUAAUCUUGGUGGACCCCUUGAGAUGGGGAAUGCGAGGUGAGAGCCCUGCAAAUGUUCUUUUGCUUGCUCACUUGAAAUAUAUGCAAGGCACACACUAAGUACUGAACAGCUUUGGGGUAAACAAGAUCAACCUGACAGAUGAAAAACUUUGCUGCAAUAUCUCCAUGCCACAUUGAGAAAUUUCUGAUUGGGUUGCCACCAUACAUUUCUGACUUGGAUGCAAUCCAAACCCUUAAGGAUGCAGACAGUGGUCUCCAUAUGUACAUCCUGGACUACUUCCUGUUUAGAAGUAAACAAUAUUCAUGAAAUAUAGUCACCCUAUGCCCCUGACUCCUUUAUGUUUAAAAAAAACCUUUCGUGUAGCAUUGUUUGGUGCCCAGUGUUUAAGAAAUAAAGGUCUCAAGUCUCUGUGCACAUACCAAGCGGCAUGGGGCUCUGGAAUGUGGUCGUUUUUAGAUUAUUACCUUCUGUUUCAUGGUCUUUCCAUGUCAUCACUGCUAAUGCUGCAAACUUUUGAAGAGGAUAUUUUAACAGUUUUUAUUUAUAUUGAAACAUCCAGCUCUAAAAACUAGCUAAUCCAAAUCAAUUAUGGAUGACCCGUGUCCUAGCAACACAGAGAGGGGAGCUGUUCCAAGUGAUUAUGACAAAACUCCCUUUUUCAAUAAUGUAGAGAAACAUGAGAUGGCGAAUCACAAAUGUGAGGGCGUUCACUGGCGCUGGAUUUUUUGUAGCUGCCUUAUAGCACAAUCCUACACAUCUCUACUCAGGGAAUUACUCCCUAUAAACCUUAAAAGCCAUGUUAAUGAACAGCAUUUCAUGUUACCUUCCUGUAUGACAAUUGUAGUGUACUUCUUAAAAAUUAAUACAUAUUUGAAAUUUGAAACACGCAGGGCAAAGGUAACUUUCCAUUAAAAAGUGGUUGGGGAUAAAUGCAUCAAAAUGCAGCAUUUCUCUUACCAUUAUUUAACACAGGUGUCAUUUAAGUGUUUAGAGUAUCCUUUAAAACAACUUUCUGCAUUCCACAUCUGUGCUUAACUAUUAUUUUUUCUUCUAAUUUUAUCCCCAUCUCUACUAAUUGAAAGCAUUUACCGUAAUCACAGCCUGCUAAUGUACUAAUAUCUACAAAAUUUUGCACAUAAACAAUAAUAAUUUCCCAGACUAUUUCCCAUUCAUUUUCCUAACUUUGGCAUACUUAAAUUUCAUCAGAAGACAUCUGUCAGUUGAGGCAAGUUCCAGAUCCAACUGGCCUUCCUUCCAAACUUUUCUCUGUCUCACAGGUUGUACUUUCUGCUUCGUUUUCUCCACCGAGGCCGCCUCAAGUGUUUUCUGCCUAAACCUCAAAACUUCCAAAUCUACCCUGUUCUUUUGGGCUUUCUUCAUAUCAAUCAUCUUUCCCCAGUUUUCAGGCUUCCUCUCCAACUUUUGCCUAGGAACAUCCCCUUCCGCAAUUCUCACUGUCCAAGACUCUAUUGUUUCAAUUGGUUCUUCCACCCUGUUACUGCUUUGAUCCAAAGGGCUGAAGCAUCAUUUCUGCACAGUCCCCCCACCCAAGGCAGGAGGAGUAAUGAGAAAGAGUGACGUGGGGACCCCUGUACCAUAAAUUGAGAGGAUUGGCUUUUCUUGUCUGCAAAGGAAUUGCGGCCAGUCCCACUGAAAUUAGGGAAGCAAGCCAGGGGACAGGGUGACGGCCCUUCUGACCUUUAAACACUGUCCACCCACCGCAGCGUCCAUUCUUCCCUCCCAGGAGUGGGGAGACCUUUCUUCCCCUCCACUGUCCUUAUCUUGUUCUUCCUUUGCUCUUGGAACACAUGGAUUCCUCUCACUGAGUGUUUGAAGGUCCCCCUUAACAGCUGCACAACUGGCAGAAAUUCAACGGCAGAGUCUACAUGUUAGGCUAAUGUUGCACUGGUGGGUUUUUUUGUGUCCUCCUUUGUUCUCAUCUUCAGUGGUACAUAUUUUCUUUUUGGGCAACACAUAAGGAACCACCCUACUUAAGACUUUGUUUGUUCUGAAUAGUGAAACCUGAAGAAGGGGACAGUUCCUAAGCUUGUGUACAAUUGUUUUUAAUGACUAGCAACGCAAAUACUAUUAUUUGUAUUUCUCAGUCUUAGAACAUUACUAUGGAAUACAUGAAAACAAAGGGGCAUUGUAUGUGCUUUUGUUAACUUCACCAUUCAUUCCAGCAGGACUUGUAUAGGAAGAAUUGCCAGUGGAUUCUGCUUAUGGUGGGUUAGAAAGUAUCUUUCAAAUUCUUUGUGUGCAAUACUUCACACAUACCAACUGGAGCUGAGCCUGGAAAGGUUAACUUGAGUGCUGGUAAAUAAUCCUCCUUUGAUUUAAGGGUUAUAAAUGAUGGAUUGAAAAAAACGUAAUAUCAUAAAAGCAGUGAAAUUAAAUUUACUGCACUGUAGCAAAUGGAAGGCUUUCCUUCUGUUCUUGGACUUGCUCCAGUCCCUUCAAUCCUUUCAAUUUAAUCUCCAAUAGGAUAUGAUUGAUUCUACAUUAGAAGAAUUAAAGAACAAUUCCUCUUGAAAGACGGAUAACUUUCCCCCCUCCUCCUAUAACAUAGCCUCUUAAAUCAUGUAAUACCCAACUAAUUAUGGGAGAGCAAACAAAAUUCUGCAUAUCAAAUGCUUCUCCCAUGGAAAAGAAUCACAGAUACAAGCCUCACUUUCAGGAUUUUGAUUCUGCCAUUCUGUAUCCACUUACUUGGGAGUAAUCUAAUUGACCUCAGGGUAGACAUGCAUUUGUUUGCACUGUACAUGUCAGAAUUAUAUUUACAGUGGUACCUCAGUUUACAAACUUAAUUCGUUCCAGAAGUCCGUUCUUAAACCAAAGCGUUCUUAAACCAAAGCACGUUUUCCCUACUGAGGCAUCCCGCCACCAGUGCCCUUCCACCAUUUGGCUUCCGUUCACCCUCUUGGGCAAAGUUCGCUAACCGGAACACCUACUUCACCGAAUAGUUCAUUAACAGGACUGUUCGUAGUCUGAGGUACCACUGUAUUGAGAAAUUAUAAUGAAUAGUGAUUUGUUCUUUUCUUUUGCUGCCAAGAUUGUAGUGCAUAUGAAAACAACUAGGCCAAUAAGAUUGUACUGCAUCUCAUUAACUUUGAAAUUAUCCAGCUUUUAUUUGGUGAUCAUACAUUGUUUGAACCUCACAGGAUAGGAAUAGUCCUUCAAAUAACUUUUUGAGUCCUGCAAUUGGAUUCAGUUGUAGUGGAAGCAAUAGGAUGUUAAAUAAUUUUAUACAACAUCCUUACCUAACUGCACAAUGGACUAGUUUGUCUCUUCUGAGAUUGCUGAUUUUAUAUGAAAAGAGCAACUUUGGCAAUGUCUCUUUGCCUUCGUUUGAUGCGACUCAUUGUAUAUGAUCAGUGUGUGCUUAGCUGUCAUACUCAGCUACAAAAAGCAAGACACACCGUCUUUUCUGGGGUCUACACACAUUUCAUAUUGGUUUUUUAUUUUCAUUUAUAUUAGCAGCAGUGGCUUUGUAGCUACAUCUAGGCAAGUCCCAUUGAGGGAGGAAUCUUAACUGAACAGCAACUAACAAGGUCUCUUGAGACAUAUAAAUUCAGGUGAGCAAUUUUUCACUCUCAACGUAAGAGAACACAUUUUCCAAAGGCAUAGUCAAAUUGAUUUAAAAGCACCUUUUUCAGGUGAUGCUUACUGCAGCCUAUAUUCUCCAAAGAAAGCAAGACCACUGCAUGGUAUACAGAGAGGGCAUAAAUAGUCUGUAUCGCUAGUUCCUGAACAUUUUGGCCUUUACAGAAAUACUCUUACCGACUGUGGUGCCUCUAGCUUCCCCUCACUUGCAAGCAUCUAUAUGAACAGCCAUCUUCCUGCAAUAUCAUGUGUAGAAAUCCUCUUAGAUCAGGCGUAGGCAAACUCGGCCCUCCAGAUGUUUUGGGACUACAACUCCCAGUGAUCCCGGCUAACAGGACCAGUUGUCAGGGAUGAUGGGAAUUGUACUCCCAAAACAUCUGGAGGGCCAAGUUUGCCUAUGCCUGUCUUCGAUAAUCCGCUCUGCUGCAAUGAUGGGCUGUAUCCAGUGCUAGUCCUACUUAGAGCAGCUCAUUGAAAUUAGAAUUGUAGAGUUGGGAGGGACCCCAAGGGGCAUUAUACAGACAUCCCCCCACUUACACAUGAUCAGCUCACGUUUGACCAUGUAUCCGCACGGUGCUGGGAAGUAAAUAGAUUCAAACCAGGAAAUUGUGGGAGAGAGCUGGUGAGUCCUUGUGGCUUGUGAGGACAACCCUUCACAGAGCCAGUGUGGGGGCAGAGGAAGCCCCAAAGAGACUGCAGACACAGUGGGGCUUUUUUUAGGCUGCUCAGCCUCCCUGCCCAGCAGCUGACAUGCACAAGUAGCGCAGAAGCAGCCGCCACUUUCCCAUGCGUCCUACAGCCUCCAGCCGGCUUAGAAAGACAAUAAUGUGGAAAGAAAAGACUCUACAAGAAAAGUAAAGCUGAAAAUUGUUCAUGUUAUAUUUGUUAACCCAUAUGCUAAAUGUAUUAUAGUGCCUGUCCAAAAUGGAUUACCUACUGAACUUUCGAGUUAUGGGGACAGACUCAGGGGUCCCUAAAAUAUGAUUUAGCAAAGGAUGUUUGUGUCCCUUCAGAGUACUGUUAAAUGUCACUGGGAAGAAUGUGGGAGGCCAGGCUACAUGGCAGGGCGAAUGAAGAUGCAUUCUGAAGGCUUUGAUAAGAAACAUAUUUGACUGCAGCAAAGCAGACAGCACUUAUCAAUCUGGGUAAGCAGAACUGACAGGCUUGACAAAAAUAGCCUUUCACAUUUCCUUGUCUAGGAAAUAGGCUAGACUGUGAAUCAUGGAUUUCAUUGGCUGCAUACAUUUCCCAAAAAAAUUCCCCUGCUUAUAGUUGUAUCUGUCCUUUCAAAAAACCUUUGGGCAAAGUGCCUCACCAAAGGCUUCUGUGGAAUCUUAUCAGUCAUGGCAUAAGAGGCAAAGUUCUCUUGGGGAUCAGGACCUAGUUAAGUAACAGGAAGCAGAGAGUGUGGAAUAUGGGAUAGCUCAGUGGGUAGAGCAUGAGACUCAGGGUUGUGGGUUUGAGCACAUUGAGUAAAAGAUUCCUGCAUUGCAGGAGUUGGGACUAGAUGGCCCUCAUGGUCCCUUCCAACUCUACAACUCUAUGAUUCUGUACGUAGGAAUAAAUGGACAGUGGAGGGAUAUAGAAAUGCUACUCAGUGUUAACAAGUGUAAAGUGAUGCACAUUGGUGCAAAAAAUCCUAAUUUCACAUACAUGCUUAUAGAGUCUAAACUGGUGGUGACUGACCAGAGUGAGACCUUGGGGUCAAUGAAGAUGUCAACUCAGCAUGCAGGAGCUGUGAAAAAGGCAGAUUCCAUGCUAACUAUCAUUAGGAAAGGAACUGUAAAUGAAACUGCUGCUAUCAUUAUACAAAUCUAUGGUGUGACUGCAUUUGGAAUACAGUAAGCCCGUAACUUAUGCACAUUUAACUUGUGUGCAUUCAGCUUUACGUGCAUGGCAAAAAAGUAGAAAAUUACUUUGGCAAUCCCACCCACCAUUGAACCCAAAGUGUUUUGGCUAUACACAAUUUUGGCUUUAGGUGUGAUCCCCAGAACAUAACCUCUGCAUACGUUGUGGGCUUACUGUACUGUGUACAGUUCUGGUUGCCUCAUCUCAAAAAAGACAUUGUAGUUGGAAAUGGUUCAGAGAAGGGCAAAUAAAAUGAUCAAGAGGAUGAUGAAAUUCCCCUGUGAAGAAAGGUUAAAGCAUUUGGAGCUUUUUACUUUAGAGAAAAGACAAAUAAGAGGUGCCAUGAAAGAAGUACAUGCAAUUAUGCAAAGUCGAUAAAGGAAAGUUUUUCUCCUUCUCUCAUAAUUCUAGAACGUGGACAUCCUGCGUAUCUGAAUGUUGGAAGAGUCAGGACCGGCCAAAUACUUAACUGUGGAAUUUGCUUCCACAAGAGGAAAGGUUGAGGAAAAAUGCUUUCAGUUCUAACGUUUCUCUCUUAGGUGAGGCUUUCAGGCCAAAGGAGGAAAUCAAAUCCACUCCCCAACUCUCCCCCCUCCCUUUUUACAGUUGAGUUUCACCCAAGUAAGCAUUUCCCUAGAAUAGGCCUCCUCAAACUCAAACCUCCAGAUGUUUGGGGGCUACAAUUCCCAUCAUCCCUGACCACUGGUCCUGCUAGCUAGGGAUCAUGGGAGUUGUAGGCCAAAAACAUCUGGAGGGCCGAGUUUGAAGAAGCCUGCCUUGGAAGACUGGUUCAUCUUCCUCCAUCUCCAACCUUUUCAAUUUGUUCUAAUAUAUCACAAACAAUAGAAAAACUUUUAGUCUCUUUCCUCACCCACUUGCCAGAGCAGGGCGGACCUGUCGCCACAAUUGCCAGCCGAUCAGUUUUGCUGAAGCCUGAUCCUGAAACAAACCUCCCCUAGGACUAUCAUGACUCUGUGCUUUUUGCUCUCAUGUGGAGCAUGGCCUUGGGACAGUUUCUCAGCUAAAUAAGCAUGGCUGCGCCUGAACCAGCCUUAUAUGUAGAAGAAAUAUGGAACAAAACUCACCUUAGGUUAUGCAUCUGGUCCUCCAUUCUCAGUGUGCUCGUCCUCAUUUUUCUUCUCUGUUUUUAAUGUGAAAUUUUAUGCCAGGAAGGUUGUUUACAGUUUUGGUUUCACUUGUUUCUGUUAGAAAAAAAGACUGCUAGCAUGAAUCAGUUCAGAGGCUAUUUAGAUAAAGUAUGUUAAACAAAACCUGACUCUCGUUUUUUUGGGAGGGAGGUGCUGUUGCCUAUACAUUCCUCAUAGCCAGCAUUGACUCAGCAAGGUCGUGUGUGUGUGUGCGUUUUAUAUCGCUGUAUGUAUAGUUUUGGUUUGACUUGUUGAAAAGUCCGUAAAUUCUUCACUAUAACUUUGACUUCGAGACUUUUCCUUGAAAGACACAAACAGAUAGCUCAGUUUAAAACAUAUUAUUCUCAUUAAUAUGUAUAACAUUCAGUCUGCGUCUUUCAGUUUACAUUAAAGCAGGUUCUGUAACAUUAAUGUAUGUGUCAGUCCAUAUUUAUCCUUUUAUUUUACAGUACAGCAUAUUUGUACGUAUCAGUAGUUCUGACAUGUAAAAUAGUUUCUCUCCCCUUCUUGCUCUCAGUGCUGAGGAAUGCCCAACACACUCCUCUGCCAAAAUAAGAAUUAUCUGAUGAGCAGUGUUGUUGCUUGACUGAAGCUGGCAUUCAGGGAUGGAUAAAAUAUAUAUCCUGUACCUAGUUUGCAAGGCGUCUGGUUUGGGUUUCAACUGUCCUGGUAUUGCGAUUUUCAAACAACAGAACUCUGAAGAGUUCCUCCAAAGCUUAUUGGGGCUCUUAAAUGAAAAGAUGGGGAAUGGUGGGCAAAAUCCACAAAGUGCAACCACAUACUGGGGAUAUCUACUGGGGUUUAGCAGCAGUUUCUGGAGCAAAAAUGAAGCCCAGGAGGCUGGCUGUGUGUGUAUGGUAGCAACCACUUCUCAGAAACUGCUGCUACACCCAAGGGAUUUAUGUCAAAUGUGUAGGCAUUCUUCAGCAGACAAUUUGAUGCAGAAACGGUUUCUGAAUGUAGGAAGUUUGAAAGCUAACCUUUAUGCAUAUUAGCUUUAUGUAAAAACAUUGCCUUAUAAAAUAGGACAGUCACUUUCUCACACUGUAUGAUUGAUCAUGUAGACCAUGUGACAAGCUCUAUCCUUGGCGACUCUCUGUGCGCAUCAGUAAUCUAUACCACUUCCUGCAUGUGAUGGACAGUGGGACCAUGAAAUCUUAUGCUGCAACAAAUUGGUUUGUCUUCAAGGCCCCACAGGACUUCUCCCCCCCCCCCCACUGCUUCACCUUUCGUAGGUGGGGGUUGUGUUGCUGUUACAUACUCAUAUGACUUUCCUUUUGGAAGAAAAAUCAGUAUGGAUAUUUCCUUUCAUCAUACUGUUUUCUGUUUUCACUGUUCCACAGCCAUUAUUCCAAAGCAUUUCUGUGAAGGAAAAAGUCUAGUUUGGAAGCAGUCCACAGAUGUUCUCAUCCAAAUAGUCUUUCUUGCUCCUGAAUUUUUUCUUUGUUAAGUUUCCAGCACUUUUUCCUAACAUCUUCCUUCCUUCUUUGUUCCAGGAAUCUGAAUUUUUGACUUUGGAAUUUGAUGAGAUCAAAUUGAAUCAAAUGGUGAGGAAGCUUUCGGAGAUUGAAGACAGCAUUACUUCUCUGACUCAAUCAAACUAGCUUUUGAGUUAAAACUGUGUAUGGCACAAAAUAUGUUUUCAUUCCUGUUCAUUCCUUUGGUCAUCAUGCUUGUUGUGAAAUAUUUUAGUUCAUUCUUCUGUCAUGUAAGAAUUGAAAUAAAGAUGACAAAAAGUAACUCAGGAAAAACAUGCAUAAACGCUUGCAAGGAUCAUUCCGCCCAUUAAAACAAAAGGAUGUAAUUGGAUUAAAAUAGAGUUAAUAGCAGAGCUCUGCAGAACAACAGGAGGUAUUGCUAUUAUUCACUUUUUUUCUCCAGCGGUUGAGACCAGAAGAGAGCUCCCUUGCCUCCAAUGAGAACGAAUGUGAAAGUGAAAAGAAUGGAAAGUUAUACAUACAUUUUCCUGCUUGGCAGGGGGUUGGACUCGAUGGCCCUUGUGGUCUCUUCCAACUCUAUGAUUCUAUGAUUCUAUUCUAUGAUUCUAUGAUUGCACUGGGGAACAAAGACAAGAGUCCUGGCUCAGAUGUGAAGGCCAGUUCAGACAUUUAUCUUAAGCUGACAUCGCAGCUUGCAUGGUGAAAGGACAGGUGCAUGCCCUGUCGCUGCACAUAAUGUGUGGCACAGGUACUCUAAACAGGCCUUCGUGUGCGUCCUGGCUCAAGCUCCCCCUUCUUUAGGGGGAAGAGCUGUGUGGCUCAGACCACUGCACAGAUGGUCCUCCAUGGGGGGGGGCUAGUUACAUUAUGCCUAGGCCUCCCUCCAGUGAGUUGUGGCAGUGGCUGCUAUGUGACAACAGGCCCAGGAGAAAAAUCCCUGUAGGAAAUUCCUAUACGUACCUUUAUUUCCCUUCAUAUUCAGCAGCAGUUUGUUUGUAUACACAAAGAGUUCAUAAUUGGAAACCACUGUCAGACCCUAUCAGGAAAAUUAAGCAUAAGUGUAUUUUGGCUACUUCAAGCACAAUGCAUGAAAGUUCAAAACCCCAUGCUGGAAAUUAUUAUCCAGUCAUUUGAAAAGCCUAAAUAGGUGUAAUUUCAGAUGGAGAGCAAAUUAACAUCAGAAAGACUUUUCAGCAUGAACUGUUACAUCUCUAGAGCAAUGCCUUGUGGUAUAUUACAGUGCAUAUUGAAAAUGUAAAGUGUAGGGCAAAAUAUUAAAGUGACAUGCGUAUAUGAACUCCAGAACCUCUCAGGGGUGACAGUACUGUUGCUUGCUUUCUGCGGAUGGAUUUGAUUGUGGGGAGGGGGUUUGGGGGGGUUCUUUGGCAGGGUUGUUAUUGGGAUUUUUCUUUCCCCUCCUUUGAGAACAUCCUUCAAUAUUUUAACUAAUUUAUUCAGCAUGUCAAGUGUUCAGUUUCAUCUUGGCAUUGGCUUCCUUACAAGGUUCAAAUUACUCCCAUUUCUCAGUGGGGCUAUCUGCCUCAAGAGGAGAACUGGUUCUUGCCCAGGACCCCCAUGUGUGGUCCCAUUCCUGCUUUUUCUGACAGUGUGAGAAAUAAUUUGAUGCUAGGUCCUAGUUCUCUCCCCUUCCCUCCAUAUUUUUAAUAAUAUUUUAAACAAAAACAAAAAACAUUGCUUAUGGGGCAGCAGGAAAUACAUCUCUUCCCAGAAGACCUGGUUUUCUGAAGGACUACUACUGGAUACCAAACCACUGGUUUCAUUGUCAUGAACACGAUUUGAUGGUUAUUGGGAACAUCUGCUCCUACACUACUGUCCUCCUUUGCCCGCAAGAGAGGAAGAGAGUGAAAACUUUGCUUUCACAUUGGAGCAAUCUGCAGUUCCACAUUAUGUACAAGCCGUGGGCUGGUCCACCGUCCCUCAGACCAUGUGGUGGGCCAGAUUAUAUUUUGGGAGGGAAAUGAACGAAUUCCUAUGCCCCACAAGUACCCCAGAGAUGCAUUUUAAAUAAAAGGACACAUUCUACUCAUGUAAAAACACGCUGAUUCCUGGACCAUCUGUGGGCCGGAUUGAGAAGGCGAUUGGGCCGGAUCCAGCCCCCGGGCCUUAGAUUGCCUACCCCUGGUUUAAACCCUGGUUUAUAUCAUGGGUGAGGAAUCUUUAGGGUUGGAAUCCAGCGGGAGCAACCUUACUGGAGCUGCAUGGCAAUAGUAGGUGGGUCCAGAAGCAAAAAGUAAGGUGGGUCGAAAGAUGUGACUCUUAUCUUUUAUGAUAGACUUCAGUCCAGCCAUGCAAAAGUCAGCACUUUCUAACCACACACACUCACACCUCCAGGUAAGCAAGAGGCAUUAUAGACAUGAUAGAGAAGCUUAGAUUAAUGCCCCAGGCAUGAGAUCCUACGCCUUUGAUUUAGGUGAUGGGCUGAAUUGGGCCAGGAAAUGGGGCAAUGCCUUGUGGAAUCCCAGGAAUUAAAUGAUGAGUAGAAUUUAUAGCAACUGAGUUUUCAGGCAUAGUUCCUUGGUCUUCCUCAUAACCAGCAAAAUAAACAAUGCAACAUAAUAAAUGGUGUGGGUUUCCUUAAUUUGCACAAAUUAGACAAGAUUUAAGGUCCUCCCUCCCUCUUAUAGCAUAGCAUACACAUCGGACAGAAUAUAAGGAACCAAGCAGCACACAUUCCACCUCUUAAUCACAUCCCUAGAAAGCACAUGCUGUUUCGUCAUAGGACAAGUGCAGUGGGAUAUGCCAAGAGUGCACACAUGGGUGCCAUGGCAGCAGAUGUCCUUGCAAGCCAAGCCCUCAACUGGGCCAAGUAUCUGAAGGCACCUUCUCCAUCUCAUGUUACUUCUCCCUUCAGCACCACAAUGACGUCUGGCCUCCUAUCAUGCAAUGAUGUUUUGUUUCUGUUGCCACAUUUUUGUAAUAUUAAUGGUUAAUGAUAUGUGAUCUUGCCUAACGAGUCAAGAACACUAAAACCAUGAUCUAACUGCUGAGGCACUUGUGACCUUUGAUCACAGAAUUAUAUUGAAUGCUCAAAUAUACUUUGGACAAGAAUUGUUUUUUGAACUGAAGGACACAGUUUAAAUAAGCUACAUCAUGUCAAAUUCUUCAGUGAAACCAGUGGAUGGAGCAGUGUGGUGUAAAUGAAAGUUGCAAAGAAACUUAAGGCACAUGUCAGGAAAUAGUAUUUUACAUACUACAAAACUAUAUGAAAUUGCUUACUAGAGGUUUGCUGAGGCACGAAAGUCAGAAUCAUUUUAGAAAAAAAAUGGGUGAUAUCCUGAAGUAGCUGAAAAAUAUUUCUGUAAGUCAUAGAAUCACAGAGUUGGAGGGAACCCUGUGGGUCAUCUAAUCCAACCCCCUGCAAGGCAGGAAUCUCAACUAAAACAUCCAUGACAGAUGGUCAUCCAGCCUCUGUUUAAAAACCUGCAAGGAACAACCACACCCUAGGCCAACCCCAACCUCUCUCACCACCCAAGGAACACAAGUGAAUAGAAGAACCUGCACAAGCGACACUGACACAAAACCCCACAUAUAUUAAGUAUAACAGAAACAUCGCCACCCUCCACCUCCUUCCCCCUUUUCUUCCUAAUGUCUCAACAAAUGAAACUGAUCUGUAAAAAAUGUUACUUGAAAAAAAAGAGAGAGAUUGCACAUACUUUUGUAAACCAAGAAAAUAUUUUUUUAAAAUACAUUUUUAAAAAAACCUAGUAGGAAGGGAGACCAUUCCACUGGUUGAGCAGCUCUUACUGUCAGAAGGUCCUCCCUGAAGUUUAGUUGGAAUCUCCUUUCUUGUAGCUUGAAGCCCUAGGUUUGGGUCCUAGCCUCCAGAGCAGGAGAAGGCAAGCUUGCUCCAACUUCCAUGUGACAGCCCUUGAGAUAUUUGAAAAUGGCUAUAUUUGAAGAUGGUGGCUGGGGGAACCCAGUCAGAUGGGUGGGGUGAGUACUAUCAGUCAACCAGACAUUUGGUUGAUUGACACCCUAUGCCCUUUUAAAACGUGUUGGAGGGGGAAUGAUUAGGUUGUUUUCAUUUUGAUUAUUUAUUUUGUGGUUUUCUUUUUUGAUUUUAUCCUAUUGAUUGCCCUGAGACCUGCAGGUAUAGGUCGGUAUACACAUUUAAUAAAUAAUAAAAUAAAUCAUCAUCUUCAUCAUAUCCUCUCAGUCUCGACUUUUCCAGGCUACUUGACUCCCUCAACUGUUCCUCAUAAGGCUUUGUUUCCAGACCCUUGAUCAUCUUGGUUGCCCUCUUCUGCACAUGUUUCCAGCUUCUCAACAUCCUUCUUAAAUUGUGGUGCCCAGAACUGGACACAGGACAACGGGUUUGGUCUCACCAAGGCAUCAUAUCCGUGCAGGGGGCGUGGGGCGUAACUAGCUUAGCAACCUGAGGCCUUUGGUUUAAAGUAACCAUUUUGGCAUUCUGUUUGUAAGUUUGCUUUGUUUUUAAUGUAAAAACACAAUUAAAUACUGAGAUAUAUGAAUGACAUUUGUUAUGUCUGUUCAGCACGCAAUUUUAAGUUCCAAGCCUGAAUACCAGCUUAUCACCAAAAUCCCCAUCUGCAAAGCAGAAAGCAAAAUAGAUUUUAUAUUAAGUGCCAACAGUCUGGCUCCUAACAGUUCAGUGAAGACCUCUCUUCUGCAUAGGUAGGACUUCUUGUAAAAAUUCCCUCAGCUCUGCCAGUCUACAUUUCUGAAAUGCUGCCUUGGAAGCAGGUGCUGGACUUCAGCAUCUUGAGCAAUCUGCAUUUUUCUUCCAAUACCUCACUGCUACACUAUUUGUACAGGGCACAUGAUGUCUGCAACCUUCGUACCAGACAGGCACUGUAACUAGAUUUCUGCACCAUCACGCUGUCCAUUAAGCAUUCAAACCAGUUUCCUUCUGGAGAGACUCACUGGUUGUCAUUGUUCAUAGCUGAAUAGUGGAGGCAGCACCUCUUUCCAGAAAGUUAGUAAUUGUGAUAACACAAGAAAAUACAAUAUGCCAAGUACGCCACCUCCAAAAUUGCUUGUUUACUGCAGUUAAUAUGUUACCUUCUGGUGGUGCGCUAAGGUUCAAUGAAGGCUGUAAUCAAAGCUAUAAACACUGUAAUUUAGCUUUACAGAAAAUUACAGUUCCUGUUAAAGAAACUAUGCACUACAGUGAGUUGAUGUGCACAUAUUAAUUAGAUGGGUUUCUGGACACUGUUAAAUGUCAUGUAAUAUGUAUAACCAUCUAGUUUUUGCCAAGCACUAACACAGAAUACCUUCACAGUUUAAACUGUUUUUCUGAACAGUUCAUGCAGUUAGGCUGCUUUCAUCCUGUAAACAGCUUAACUGUGUUCAGGAUUGUAACCUUUGUUUCUCUCUCCUACCAGCUUUUUGUGGCAGUUCAAAAUAAUCUGCUUUGUUUUUAAUCUGCUUCCAUUGACAGCUGUAUUGAACAGUAUCAUUUACUUCUGAUUUAUACAGAUAAAGUUAAAUGCAAGGGGUUGGGGGAGAAACCUUUUAUUUUACUACAAAGUUUGUGUGUUAAAAUAUUAUGGGCUCUAUUCUUCUUCUCUCCCCCCCCCCAUUUGUUUGUCUGAAGCUUAGAAAUUUCAGCCAAAACCUUUGUAAUCUUCAACUUUGUUCUUCCUUGAAUAUAUCAACUUUUCCGCAACUAAAAUCAUCCCAUAGUUUAUUCACCCAACAUGGCACUUUGUUGACUGCAACCUUGCCUCUUCUUGUCCUCAAUAUUAGGCAUGGAAAUGGCUCUGGAACAUCUUCAGCUGUUCUGUGGCUGAUUUUGGCCAUGGGAACAUAUGCACCAUCUUUUGUUAUCAAUGGAUUUCACAGGCAUAACACAAUGACAAGAAUAAUUUUCCAGCUGUGAGUUUGGGUUUGGGGACUAAUAAUAAUGUAAAGAAUGUUAGUCAUACUCAGAGAAGGCAACUAACAUAAGUCCAUUCAUUUCACUGUGUCUACUCUGAGUAGAAUUGAGUUGGAUACAACUCACUGCCUACUCUUUUAGUCUUCUAGGAUGUUCUGCUCUGCCUGCAAGAUGACUUUCUGUUCUCUGUCCAUUUGCCUAAUGCAUUUUAUUUCCUAUUUUUUGAAGCAUAAAGUUUUAUCUGUUAGUGGAAUGUAGUUGCUUUAAAACUCUGGAUUUUUGAAAGCAUGUAUUAAAAGUACUGGUAGACAAUGAUCACUGCUUCCCUUUAAUAAGCAGUUUAGACUGUGAGGGGGUUUUUAUUACUUGAAUAAAAAAUAAAUCCUAAAUGCCUCUUGGAUUGCUAACAGGAAACAUUAAAGCAUUUUGACUGACGGAUCUAAUGC